AUGGACGCCUCGCGAGGAUUUGUCCCGGCCCAACUGACAUACUGGUCCAAUAAUGUUCAGGGGCUUAACACACCUGAAAAGCGCGCGCACCUGGUAAGGCGCCUAUGGGCCGUGAGAGCCUCCGUGGCGUUCCUGCAGGAGACUCAUCUCCGAGGACUGGACGCCCCCAAACUAGAGAACAGACGCUACCCGCAGGGAUUCUACGCGAACCAUCCGGACGCUAAGAGGGCUGGUGUGGCAAUACUCUUUGCACAGACGACGCCGUUCCAACAUAUAGCAACGCAGGCGGACCCGAACGGCAGAUUCCUUUUCAUUAAGGGUACAAUCAUGGAACACACGUAUACCUUCGCAUGCCUCUACGGCCCGAAUAGAAAGCAGCAUACAUUCCUGGCCCGGACGCUAGCCAAACUGGAGAAAUUCAGAGACGGCCUCUUGGUCAUGGCAGGUGACCUCAACUUACCACUGGACCCCCGCACGGACAUCUCCAGAGGACAAACCGCGAUCCCGGCACACUGCAUACGAGCAGCACUACGAGCUAUACAUAAACACGGCCUGGUGGAUUGUUGGAGGGCAUGUAACCCUGAAGGUAGAGACUACACCCAUUAUUCGACAGUCCAUAAAAACUACAGUCGCAUAGACUAUAUAUUCCUGGCCCAGGAAUACCUCAACCUCCUCCACGACGCACGAAUAGGCAUAAUGGACCACACAGACCAUGCACCACUGACGAUCCGCACGAGCUCCCCACUAUAUAAACCCCGCGAAAGACACUGGAAACUGAAUGAAUCCCUACUGGACGAUGCAGAGUGUAAGAGGGUGACUGCCCAAACCUUAACUGAAUACUUUACUACCAACGAAGAUACGGAGACGCCACCGUUAACGAUAUGGGAAGCUCACAAAUGCGUCAUACGGGGACAUUUCAUCGCCAUAGGCACCAAACGCAAGAAGGAACGAACACGACGUAUCACAACACUGCUAGACCGGAUAGCUGACCUAGAAGGGGAACACAAAACGGACCUCGCAGACAGCACAUACCUCCGCCUGACGGAAGCACGAAGGGAGCUGAAAGCCAUACUAUCACAAGGACUCUUACACACCGCGAGGAAGGCCUCCAGGUAUUAUUAUGAACACUCGAACAAAAGUGGUAGGUUGCUAGCUAGGAUGCUACAAGACAGAAGGAAAGCGCAACACGUCCACAAGAUACGCAUGAGCAGUGGAGACACAACCUGCCUCCCGGACGGCAUACUGUCAGCGUUCCGGGAAUACUACGCGGCGUUAUAUAACCAACCACGACUCCACCACGACAGAGACAUAGGUAGCCAUCGAGAACGGAUAACCACAUACCUUCAGAACCACAUCACCCGCCAGCUUACCCCGGACCAGGAGGCGGAACUCGAAAUGCCCUUGACGAUUGAGGAACUAUCUGGCGCAUUGAAAUCAACUAAAGCACACAGGGCCCCGGGCCCAGACGGUCUACCAGUCUCGUACUUACGCUCCUUCAAAGACACCCUGCUGCCCAAACUUCUGAUAGGCAUCAACUCAAUCAGAGAUGGAGGCCAAUUCCACAGAGACACCCUGGGAGCAACCGUGGCAAUAAUACCCAAAGAGGGGAAAGACCCAACAAUCUGCGCCAGCUACAGGCCCAUCUCUCUGAUAAACGCGGACAUCAAACUCUUCGCUAAGGCUCUGGCACUCAGGAUGGCCCGAACGCUCCCGGAUCUGGUGCACCCGGACCAAGUGGGGUUUAUCCCCGGAAGAGAAGCCAGAGAUAACACUAUUCGAGCCCUCAACACCAUCCAUACCGCUAAAACGGGCAAAAAGGAAAUGGUCCUACUAUCCACUGACGCUGAAAAAGCGUUUGACAGGGUGGACUGGGUCUAUAUGUCGGAAACCCUACGACAUUUGGGAUACGGUCCACACCUGCGGACCUGGAUAACGGCUUUAUACACCUCGCCCACAGCCCGCAUAAGAAUAAACGGAGCACUGACUGACUCGUUUGAUAUACAUAACGGCACGAGACAGGGUUGCCCCCUGUCCCCACUCCUGUUUGCCCUCACCCUGGAGCCCUUCUUGGAGGCGGUCAGACAGGACAGGGGUAUCACGGGGUGCAGCAUAGGAGGAAGAGAACACCGGGUAGCGGCUUACGCUGACGACAUGCUCUUCUUCCUGGAGCAACCCAGAACCUCCCUCCCACAUGUCCUGGAGGCGUUUCGACAAUACAAGGAGGUAUCCGGCUUGACGCUUAAUCUAGAUAAGUCAGAGAUAUUGCUGCUCGCACAGGACAACAUCCUCCAACGACACAUCCAAGCACAAUUCCCCUUCAAGAUCUCCACAGCCAAGCUACACUACCUUGGGGUGUGGCUCCCGAGAGAUUUGACACUUAUCUACCGACUGAACUUUGCGCCCCUGCUCACCACCCUUCAGCAAGACAUGAAACGCUGGACACCUCUAUACAUCUCGUGGUUUGGGCGCAUCAGUGCCGUGAAGAUGAACAUUAUGCCCAGAUUAUUAUACAUGUUCCAGACACUACCAACGUACCUCCCGAGGGCAUUUUUUCAGACCCUGACGACCGCAGUCAGGAACUUCGUCUGGAACCAAAAACCAGCGCGUAUCCGAAGAGCGAUUCUUGAACGCCCUAGAGGAGAAGGAGGUAUGGGAUUGCCGUCCAUCCUCACGUAUUACCACUCUACCCAUCUGCACAGACUGGUUGAUUGGCAUGCAAACCCCAGUACAAAGCAAUGGGUAGACCUGGAGAAACACCAAGCCCAGGGACGAAUCCCCGCUAUGCUAUGGCUGGGAGACGCACUACCCAAGGAACUACUUACCGGGAACCCAAUGAUCGACGCCACGCUGAAGGUGUGGUGUAGGAUACGCUACUCCAAAAACCUCACGUCAUCGCCCAACCCACUCACACCAAUAACACACAAUCCGAGGCUAGCGGGAGGGCUAAGCACGGCAGACCUGAAAAAUCUCGGAGCAACGGACUGGGUAUACGCUAGCCAAUGGAAUUCCGGGACGACGCUCAAACCCCUGGCAACGCUGAUGCAGGACCGUAGGCCCAGCGGCCUAGACACAUUCCGAUAUCACCAAGUGAAAACAUACCUCGACGGCAUUGCGGGUAAAGGCCACCUACACCGCCCAUUGCUGAUGAUGGAACAUCUAUGCACGGCCAGACAACAUCUCUCACAUGGAGUUUCACACCUCUAUACCGCGCUGCUAAGCGACGGUGAUAAAAGCCCCCUAGGCUUCACAUCGCGAUGGGAAAGAGAGACCGGGAUGGAACUUACGGAAAAGGAAUGGCUUAAAAUCUUUCAACUAACACACAGGGGGACCAUCAGCUCCAAGUUCCAAGAAUGCAACUACAAAAUUCUAACAGGAUGGUACCGGACGCCAGAUAUCCUGCAGCACGUACAUGAGUCAAUUUCAAACGAAUGCUGGAGAUGCGGCACAGGAAUAGGAACCAGCAUUCACAUCUGGUGGACAUGCCCACGUAUCGAACCGUUCUGGAGGAUGAUACAUCAGACGACCAAAGACAUCACGGGCUCAGACGUCCCAUUCCAACCCAUGCCACUACUUCUCAACCACACGCGCACGCCGGUGAAGAUCUACAAGAAAGGAAUCCUCAUACACCUACUCACGGCAGCGAAGUCGCUCAUCCCACUCCAUUGGAAAAGCUCGACGAUUCCAACCCUGCAACAAUGGGUAGAUAGGGUGGAGAUGAUAUAUAACAUGGAGAUGAUGACAGCCUCCCUGCAGGGACGCCAGGAAAAAUGCGCUUUGGCGUGGUACCCAUGGAUGGACUACACAUCAAAACGGGCAGGAGGACGUGACCCGGUGGAGAGGGACGGCGCCCCCGCACCAAUACAACCCACCCAACAGAGCUCUGCACAGACACAGGCAGUACCAGACGAGUAGAUUGCACCCUCAGCACGACGGAGACACACUUCCUACGCGACCCCCCCCCCCACCCCUCCUACCACAUGACACAUUGACACACAAAAGACCCGGAGGGACACAACCCCCGGGGGCACGCAGACUGACUUAAGGCUCCGCACAAAGUGGAAUCUAUGAGUGAGCAGAGACAGGGACAGAGGACCAUGGGUCACGGGAGGGGAGGAGUGACCCACUAGAGCGACAUAUAGACCAAUACACUAGGGGACGGAGGGAAGAGAGAGACCGGGACGUAAGGAACAUGGACUCACCCCCACCCCAGACACAAGAAGCCACGACCGGAGCCAGUAGCACCCGGCCCUGACCACGCCAACUAACAACUGGGGCAGCCGCAGGUGGCAUAUAUAACCCCACACACACACCGAACCCAGCGAGACCCAAGAUAAGAGAUAACAACCUAGAAUUAGGUAUCCAGAAGAGUCACGGGGACCAGGCUACAGGCCCCAGGGAUGAUAUGAUCACACCCACCGCACGAGCGACUCAAACCAGGGGCCUGAGGUGACGACACGGCAUCUGACACAGACCCCACACACCGCACAACGACAGAACAAGACAUCACAGGAUAACCCUACAUAUACUAGCUGCGCCCACGGACAACCUAGGCCAACUACCCCCAGGGAAAACCUAAAACAGAUCGACUCAGGGAAACUAGGGGGUAACUACACGGUCACAGGGGCAGAAUAAUUGGCCCCCUCAUGAUUUAAGGCUGAGCCCAUCCACACCAGGCUCAUUACGACCUAAACCAACACACAAAUCAAACACGAACCAGACUGGACCCCCAUACAAAGCCCCAGACGGUACCCCUCCAAAGAAGGACACACGUAGACAGACAUAACACGGAUUGGGACAAAGCUCUAUAUCCAUCAACCUGGCACUAGAAACACGAACAAAUCACCACGUACGAGGCUGGGGACAAAGACGAACUGCACCACACAUAGACGGAGACUACCACACCUUUUAAGUACCAUAGGUCACACUAGACCCAAUAAGUAAGUGAGGGGAAACCUUGCACUGAGCCAACCUCUCUAUUAGGGUCCUACCUACAAAUGAGGAAGCUCAGAUACCAAUGCAGGGUUGUACAACUCCCCCUCUGACCCACGAGCACAAUACAGAGCGGCUGAAACAACCCACCCGAAAACUUGCACGAAUCUUGUGGAGCAACCACAAACUCCAUUCGCACCCGACCACAGAGGGGACUAACCCCAUACAGGGCUAACGACAGAACACAACACAAAAGAACGCUCACUGUAAUAAUGAAGCCAAACACCCAAAUUCAAUUUAUUAUCCAGUAGAUGAAACUAUCUUGAUGCUGUAAUACACAUAACUGACCAGUUUAUAUGUUACCACAUGUUAAUUUAUAUUGGAUAUACAUGCUGUGAUUGAAUAUUGAAAAACUUAAAUAAAGAAUGUCAAAAAAAAAAAAUAUAGUGUAAUGCUUUUAUAGGGGUGGCAGGCGAUAUUUUGCCCGACCAGCCUAAUGUGCGGCAGUAUUUGUCCCAUAUGGACAGAGUUAGAGCUGUGGUUGGGAGCAGUUCGUUUGUUGCUGGCCUGCUGUGUCGAGGGAGCCAUGCCAGUAUAGUAAUGGGUAUAUGGGUAUAUUGUUAGCGUGUUGUGUCUCCAGUUCCAUCCAUUGUGUUGGGUUGUCCCGGUGGCACGCUGCUAAUAAGGGACCUGUAACCGCUGGUGGUUCCCUUAUUUACCACUAUAGUGUCUUAAAGCAUAGAACUUAGUAGGGCUAACCAUACAGAUAUCUUAGCCAUAAUUUUAUAUAGUUAGUAAGAGAUCCUCUAUUUACCAUAUAUAAAUAAUUGAGAAUACAAUAUAAAAUAAGGAUUGUCUUGGAAGCAAGAUUGUCUUUUGGAUAUUUAUUAUAUAAAAAUAUAAAUAUAAAAUCCAUUAUAGCAGAGUUUAUAAGAUUAAAUUACACGCUUGCAAAUAUCAUUAAUAGGUUAACAUACCCUUCUGAACAUGUCAUCAUGUCAGCCUCUCUGUCAUUUUAAGAUGGAGCAGCGUCUGUCUCCAAGUCUCUCCUCUGUUUCUUAACAUUUAAAAGUACACCUAUUUAUACCUUAGGUGUCAUCAUUUUAGGUUACUGUAGUUCAAAUAUGAAAAAGUAACACUUCUUUUACUUUAUUCAAUUUAGGACCUUCCUUAAUUUGGCAAACAUACAAGGCCAUAACUAAAGGGUGUAUACGUCAUGGAAAUUUUCCUGACUUAGUUCAAGAUGGCAUCUUAAAGUCUGAAUAGGUUAUCUGUUGUUUAUACUAAGUCGUAAGUGCGCAGUCGCGGGAGAUUCCCGGAUUUGGGGAAGUUCCAUUAACUUGGGGUUACCACAGUAUAUUGUGUACUGCAAGAGUCGUAGCAUAGCCUUGAAGCUUGUUUAUGCAUUAUUGCUAUUGUAAUUAGUCUGGGACAAAAUGGCGCAAACAUAUUAUGCACUGAGGUUAUUGCUUAAAGAAACAGUUAUGAAAAACAAUAUGUUCCAUUUCUAACACCUUGUCAGUUUGCAAUAUCUCUUAAAGACAAAGUACACAGUUUAAGAAAUACAACAUUUCAUUCUAAAACUUGUAAUAUUUGUAUUUGCCCGUAACAGACCUAAUAUGGCUGCUCUGUAAUAGCUGUCUAGGUUGGGUACUCCCAUACCCCCUUUCUUGCAUGGAAUGUAUAGUGUGCUCUUCGCCACUCGCGCUUUAUGUUUGUCCCAGAUAAAGUUAAGCAGUGUUUGUUGUGCGUCUUGUAGGAAUUUGGGUGGUAUUUUUAUGGGUAAUGUUCUGAAUAGGUAUUGCAGUUUUGGUAUGACUAUCAUUUUGACUGCGGCUAUUCUUCCUGACCAGGAUAUAAAUUUACCUUUCCAUCCUAGCAGUAAGUUUUUUAUUUCGGACAGUGUUUUUUGGUAGUUUGUUUUGUAGAGAUUUGCUGAGGUUGGGGUGAUAUUGAUUCCUAAGAAUUUGAGGUGGUCAUUGCGCCAAUCGUAUUUGAAAGAGGCGCUCAGCCUGCUCAUAUCCUCAGCUGGGAUAUUUAUGCCCAUUGCCUGAGUUUUAUUAACAUUGAGUUUAUAGUGAGAGCAUUUGCUAUAUUGGGAGAGCGUAUUAUGAAAGUUAGGUAGGGAUAUAUGUGGCUGUUCUAGUGUUAGGAGAACGUCAUCUGCGAAUAGUGUGAGUUUAUGUUCCUUGCCUUGUCUUGUGAUGCCAUGUAUGUCCGGAUUGUCCCUAAUGAGUUGUGUGAGUGGUUCUAGAGAUAAAAUGUAAAGGAGAGGUGAUAGUGGGCAGCCCUGUCUCGACCUGUUGGUUAUUUCGAAUGGUUUUGAGCUGAAUCCCCCGUUUGUGAUUUCGCUGUCGGCUUGGAGUACAGCGCUCCCACCAGUCUUAAGAAGGCGUCCAGGAAUCCAUAUUUGAUCAGGACUGCCCGGAGGAAGGGCCAGUGCAGUCUGUCAAAGGCUUUCUCAGCGUCAAGUGAUAAAAUGACGCACUGGGCCCUUCCCCCCUGCCCCCCUUGCAACAGGUCUAAAACCUUUCGGGUCCCAUCCGCCCCCUGCCUGCCACUGACGAAUCCCACCUGGUCCUCAUGUAUUAGGGUUGGAAUAAUGUUCGUUAGUCUGUUGGAGAAAAUUUUUGCUAACAGUUUGAUGUCCGUGUUAAGGAGGGAAAUUGGUCUAAGGUUUUGGCAUUUCGUAGGGGGUUUGCCUGGUUUCGGCAAGGUGGCUACGUGUGCCAUGAGCAUGUCCUGGGGAAUUUGGCCCGUUGUGAGGAUAUAGUUAAAGGCUUUUUCUAGAUGUGGGGUGAGGAUUGUGGUUAACGUUUUAUAGUAGGAGUUUGUGAAUCCGUCGGGUCCUGGUGAUUUGCCAUGGGGGAGUGAGUGUAUGGCUUGUUGUAUUUCCUCCUGUGUUACUGGGUCUUGCAAUAUAGUUUUCUGUUGCUCUGUCAGUGUUGGCAGUGAGGACAGUUGGAGGAAGCUUUGGAUUUCCUGGUGUGUGGGUUGCUAGUUUGCUGGCUAGCAUGUAUGGGUGGUUUAGGAUAUGCCUGUGCAGCAUUUUAAUCCAUGUUUGUCAGGUUCUGAGUAUAACUUGAGCUUUGCCUAAGUGGCUAUCUUGUUGAUACGAUAUUUUAUUUUCAGCUUCUUCUAUUUAGCGUGGUUUGUCGUGCCUGUUAUGGUGAUCAGUUCUACAUAAUGCCUUUUUGCAGUGCUUAUGGCAUAGGCUGUGGGUGCACUUCCCUUAAAUCCCGUAGUAUAUUGGGGGGGAUGAUUGCAGUACUCUCGGCCUGCUAGAUCAUGCAGUAUGUGCUUGUGUGAUGUGGUUUACAGAUAACGUCUCAUACACAGGAGCUGUCGCCCCGCAUAGUGAUCUGACGUUCUUCGCAUCCUUAGGUUACAGUCAUCAUAAAUGCACAACAUCAGUUAUUACAGUUGACAAUAUACAUCAUGAUUACCCCUAGCCCUCUGGGGUCCCCUCUUUCUACUUGUGCGCAUAUGAUACGGGCCCUCUCCCGGAGUUCUCCUUGAGUAUCAUAUGUGAGGGGGGCCCCCCCUGCCAGCAUCUAUCAUAGUGUACGUGUUGUUAUUUAGCUAUCUAAACAUAUUAUAUGCUAAUCAAAGCAGUUAACCUCAUUUGAACUGAAACAAGAACUAUGAACAUGACAUUAGUAUAUGUGAAUAUCUCACGUGUCCCUGGUUUUGGCUUUGUCAGCCGAGUUCACCGAAAACGUCACGGGGAUUUUGCUUGUGCUUGGACUUGGCGCCAUUCUGGUAUCAGUCGCUUAGUUGGGCUCAUCUGGGUUUCAUGGGGGGGAUCUGUAGCGAGCCCCCAUUCUCUCAGGGCCCGGGUGCCUUUGUCUGGUGUGUAGAUAAUUUUGAGCUCCCCGUUUUUCGUGAUUAAUAGCUUGGUGGGGUAUCCCCAGCGGUAUCUAAUUCCAGCGCGGCGCACAUGAAAGUAAUGUGCUCUCAGUAGGACAUCCCGGGGGAUGGAAUCAGGUAGGUUGCGUAGUUUGGUCACUCUGUGUACCCGGUCCACUAGGAGCAUUUCUGUCGGGAGCGUAUGCCCGCAGAAGGCCCUAGACAUCAUUCGGCAAGAUGUUCUCUGGGACUCCUCUCAAUCUGAGGUUAUUCCUCCGUGAGCGAUCUUCGGCAUCCGCCAUGCGUGCUUCCAUUGUUGCUAUUUUAUGUUCCAGUGCCAUCACAUGGUCAGCCAUGUCGUUAUGUGCUGUGGCAUAUUCGCUCAGUUUGUUUUCCACGUGUUUGGUUCUGCUGCCAAUGUCCUGGACCUCCUUGCGGAGUUGUCCUAUGGAGGAUUGCCAUGUUUUAAUGAGUUUGUCAGCCAUGUUGUUCAUUGCCUCAUCUAAGUGUGAUUUGGUAAGGUUUUCCUGGCUUUCAUGUGAUGGGCCUGUGAUUGUGAUGUUUCCCGCUAUUUGGUCGUCGGCGCCAUGUUGAUUUGGGCCGCGGUCAACUUCAAAGCUGCUCGCGGUUUUGUGGGUAAAAAAAUUCAGUUUUUCAUUUUUCUGUGCGUUCUUCUUCCCUUUGGGAUUUGACAUCAUGCGUUUUGAUAUGUUUUUUAGUACUGGGAGGCGAUGUUCUGAGAGCCCGGGUGCCUGAGCAAUUUCCUAAGCAGCCAGGUUGCUCAGCAGUUGGCCACGCCCCCCUAGUUUUUUAUUUUUAUUUGGCUGUACUUGUUUGUUUUUUUUCAUAUUUCAAAAUCAGAUCUUCAAUAUCAUCAACAGGAGAGAAUAAACCAGCUAUGACAGACUUAUCUUCAUUUCUGUGAGUAGAACAUCCUCAUGAGCAUUUAUAGAUCAUAUUUGCAAGACCCUUGGUCCCCACAAAUAAAUACACUGUUAUAAGGCCCUUCAAAAUGAUAUAUAUUUUAUAUGUAAUACUUAUAAUAUGGUUUAAUUGGUGUAGAGCUCAUACAAAACUCAUAUUACUGUGAAUGUAUUUGCAAAGCGAUCAAUAAUACACACUGCAUAUUACUAUGAGUUUUAUUGAUGUGGGGCUUUGUAGUAUGCUCAUACUGUGGUACGCUGUACAUUGCUGUGAGUUUUAAUGGUGCAAAGCUCUCGGAUAUAAAUAUAACAUUCUAUCUUGCUUAAGAUAAGGACACUAAGUCAUGGAAGAGGGGCAUUCACAAUAUAUUUAACGUUUCUUAUAUAGAACCAGAUUCUAGUUCUUGUUGCCCCAUAUGGAAUUGGCCAUAAACAUCACAAUGCAUUCAGUACUUAGUAAUAAUUGUAAACCAGGCUAUAUAAUUAUGAAGCCUGUGUUACUAUACAUUCUUUUGCUCAAUGAUGACUUCACCACUGAACAGCAGUAGUUAAUUUAUUUGUUUGGUUUAACUUCCUGAAUAACCGGUUUUCCCUGCAAACGCAAGAACUGCAGAGAAGAGGAAGUACUAUCUCUGCUUGUGAAUGUGCUAGAGCAAAUCAUUACAUCUGAUGUGUCUGUUUGCCCUGGUUUUGCAUGAAUCCCGUUCCCUGCUGGUGUUACUAGCUGUCCUCAUUCACAAGAGAUGACCAAAGGACACAAGUUCUGUUACUGAAAUGGAAAAAAGUUAUCACCAGAAUACAAAACUGUGAGGAAACAUUCAAUAAGGUACAGUGUGAAUGCAUGUUUCUUCUGAUAAGUGUGUCUUCACAAUAACCUUGUAUCAUAUUAUUUAAAAUUAGUGAAGGAUAAGAGCAGGUUUCGCUCAGGUGAAUUGAUUCAAAGACCAAAUCUCAUUACCAUAAUUACAUUGAAUUAGUGUACUUCCUAUCAUUUUAAUAAAACUCCAGAGACAUUUAUUUUGCAAGACGAUAAUCUCUCAGUGACUCUCGGUAAAGUAUAGUAGAUUAUUUUAUUUGUAGACAGAGGGGUUAUGGAAGACUGCAUGUGAUUAGGACCAAGAAUGAGGCCUAUGCAGGGGACCUGAGAUUUUAUUAGUGCCUACAGGCAGUACAGAGAGCCGUGAUGCAUAAGAAAAGAAUUAGGUGUGACUCAAGGUUAAUGAGGGUGCCAGGAGGAUGAGAACACAUCUGCAAGCAGGUGAAACAAAGUAAUAAUAAGGCAAGCAAAGGUCCAUGGGUACUAAAAGUCAGAAUUGUCCAAACAGAGUCAGUUCACAACUAAUGGAUGGUAUAUUAGAUAGUAAAUGCACUCUUGGGUAUCAAAAACCAUGACAGGACACAGGUAAAUUAGAACGGCAGAUAUUUAUGUAUAAAAAGAAAACUAUCGGGGGGCGGAGCCUGGAUGCAGAGCUGAUCAGACACGCAUCGGCUGAGCUCCACAGACUGGGAUUGAUAAACGACGGAUUACCGGGGCCACUCGCCAAACCGACCAGCCACCGACGACUUCCCAGAUAAGGGAACGACGGUGCAUCCUGGGAUACCAAAAUCCAACCGUUUUGGCACUGAAACGCUGCCGUUAAGGCUUGCGGCCUACACAAGCGUGGGCAGAGGAGAGGCGGCCGCUCUCUGAGCCCUAUUCCCGGCGGAGUGCACAUAGCACCAGGAUGUCCCCCCCCUCUGGACCGGUGGGGGUCAUCCCGGUCCCCCUCCUGACAUACCCAGCACCAACAAGCCGGCUACGAGAAGCCAUCAAGCGACAAGAUUAAGCAGCAACCGUCAAACUUAAAAUGGCGGACACUCCUGACACACAAGCUCCUGACACAGAACAAGUUGCGAUUUCACUCCAGAGCACUUUUGAGCGCUUGCUCCACAACGUCGACAGGCUCUUUACAAACUUCUGGGCAAAGUUAGAGGCCCGCGCCAUGGAGACACCGCGUCAGAACCAAGAGCACAGCAGAGAGAAGCGGGAGGUGAGCGGGCCCCCUCAAGGCGAACUUCCACAUCAAACGCCUGUCACAGCGCAAACGGACCAGACAAGGCCCAAAGCCACCAGGGGCAUACUACCCCGAUAUAUGCAGCGGAGGCUGAGAAUCCACCGCCGCUGGCGGCAACGCUACAGCAGGAGCACCAGCCGUCCCUUCCAUCAAAGAGACUUGGCCUGGAGACAGAGGACCCGAACCUCUAACCCUCACCUGACAGCCGCCCAAGACUGCACUUGCAGAGCCUUCAAUGAACAGAGCAGAGGUAAUAGCACAGGGGCCCUGAUGAUGGAGUGUGGCCGGCGGAGGGGCCGACACGGCACCACAGUCCGAGCUCUGGGAACUGCAAGACCACGGCGCCCGCAGCGGGCAACCCAGCAGAAACCUCAAAGCCUGGGCCCUGAGGUGACAAGACAAGACACAGGGAUUAACAACGAAAAAGACUCACCCCCAAAGCCUCCAAGCAGCAUGGGUUGACGGCCAUUAAAGGACGCUAUGAUAUCUGGUACCAGAGCCCUAUAGCAAAACUACCAUAGUCAUAACCAUAACAAUCCUGAUCUAGCAUGUAAAUAAUUAACCUUAUCUCUGUGUACCUACAAUACAACCCAUUUAUGCUGUAGCUUCUUAACUGUUAGGCAAUAGCUUCUUAAGCGCAGCCUGUAUACUCAGUACAGUAUAAAACUUUAAGCAACAUGUUUAUUAAUCUUAACAAGUUUUUUAAUCCUAUUAUUACUGCUACUUGUUGAAACACAGCAUUGUAAGCUUUACAGUACUUGCAGGAUGGUGAUCCUAGCCAUAUGAUGGUACUAACUACAGAACUUCCCCUGCAUAAAGCAUAUAUGAGCUUAGCCUGUAACGCAUACUUCACUUAAUCAUAAAAAUGCGCAUUAAUCCUACAUCUAAGUGACCUCUAUGUCUUGGAUUACUGUCAUGGCAACAUAACUACAAUCUGAUGUGCAAAAAGUUGAGUUAAACGAAAUCUUAAUCUAACAUGUUAUACCAUUCAGCAACACCUAUUAGCUUGUUAUCAUUACGUAAUAUCAAAAAAAAAGUGCAUUGUCUACCUAACCCCCACUGUAACUAAUGUCUUGAAAUCAGCAUAUGGAAUGCCGUUGGGGUACCAUAUGUAUACCUGUAACCACUAUACGCUCUGCAAAAAUAAAGAAUUAUAAAAAAAAAAAAAAGAAAACUAUCGGUCAACAUCAUUCUGGUGAUGCCAAAACGUGUGUGUUGACAUCACUGGAAUGAUGGAAUAGGGAUCAACUUCCAAAAUGACACACAUAAAUGACACUGUCAAAGGGCAUAAGAGAGCAGCGUGCUACGUCAAUAUUGAUGCGAAAAUGAAGCACUGCGUCAAUACAAGGAGAAGCAACAGUCUGAAGAUUUACACCAAAAUGGAGCAUGGCAUCAGCAGAGGAUCCUGCAUCCACAGGUAUCUUGGCAGAAGGUAAACCCAGUGGCGGCCUAUGAUCCACUCUAUGGCCAGCAUUGGUCACCUUACAUGUAGCAUUUCCCAGACUUUGCACAAUUGCUCUUCAGAAAUGUGUGACUUUCCCACAGGAUAACGAACAACUCUACAUUAUCACUAAGGCUGGAAGACUGCACAAUAGAUUUUAUGAACUAGAAAAAGGUGCUCUGUGCAAUUAGGCGCUUAACAAUAAUAUAUAGAUAGAACAGCAGCUCAAACACGCAUGCAGGUAUCCCAAUCCUACACAAACACAAUGUGAAAGAAAAAAGUGAACUUAGUGGAUCGUACUACCACCAAAAGAUCACUCAGUGGAGCGCUAAAUAUCAAAUUCUUACCCCUAUUGGAAUAACGUAUAUAUCACUUUAAGGGGCAGACAGCAUAAUAAAAUCUACAGCAAGAAAAUACACAUCAUGGUGCAGUAUGCUUGUAAGGUGUGAAUGGAGUGGAAGAAGAUGUAUGUCCAACUCACAUGGUAAAGAGCCUGGAGAUUGGCUCAAAUCACAACAGCUGAGGUAUGUUUGGUAAUACCAGACCUUCUCCAGAUAUACAGCUCACAACAUAUGUGGAUAAAAAAGGACAAAAAUCCUAGUGCAAGUAUGUUUAAAAUAAACAAGUGGUCACAUAUAACAGUGCAUGAAUGUGCUCACCUGGAAUAGAGCCAAUUGUACUAGGCUCUAUGUAUAAGCGUGUGGUGCCUUUAAGGGAGGCACUACCCUUCUUUAGAAAAUGCAGGAAGCAGUUGAAGAUCCACUACCAGAUGUAUAAGGUAAAAGUAACAAUUUAUUAAAAAACAAAAAACAAUUAAGCAAAGUAAAACUGUAUAUACAGAUACCAAAAAGUAAAAGUCUCUGGGGUGGUCUUCCUUGGAGUUCCGAGACGCGUUUUCGCCGUGGGGCUUUCUCAAUCGGAUGACAUCCGAUUGAGAAAGCCCCACGGCGAAAACGCGUCUCGGAACUCCAAGGAAGACCACCCCAGAGACUUUUACUUUUUGGUAUCUGUAUAUACAGUUUUACUUUGCUUAAUUGUUUGUUUGUUUUUUAAUAAAUUGUUACUUUUACCUUAUACAUCUGGUAGUGGAUCUUCAACUGCUUCCUGCAUUUUCUAAAGAAGGGUAGUGCCUCCCUUAAAGGCACCACACGCUUAUACAUAGAGCCUAGUACAAUUGGCUCUAUUUCAGGUGAGCACAUUCAUGCACUGUUAUAUGUGACCACUUGUUUAUUUUAAACAUACUUGCACUAGGAUUUUUGUCCUUUUUUAUCCACAUAUGUUGUGAGCUGUAUAUCUGGAGAAGGUCUGGUAUUACCAAACAUACCUCAGCUGUUGUGAUUUGAGCCAAUCUCCAGGCUCUUUACCAUGUGAGUUGGACAUACAUCUUCUUCCACUCCAUUCACACCUUACAAGCAUACUGCACCAUGAUGUGUAUUUUCUUGCUGUAGAUUUUAUUAUGCUGUCUGCCCCUUAAAGUGAUAUAUACGUUAUUCCAAUAGGGGUAAGAAUUUGAUAUUUAGCGCUCCACUGAGUGAUCUUUUGGUGGUAGUACGAUCCACUAAGUUCACUUUUUUCUUUCAGAUUUUAUGAACUAGUUUGGACCUCACUGGUAUCCUGAAAAUCUGUAUCUCUAUCUUCUUAUCCAUGCUACAGCAGAGGUUCUGGGAUUAAGGCAUUGGAAAAGGCCCAGUCAAAUUGCUUGAAACCAAACAGUACUUUGGUGACAGAGCCCAAAGAUUCUUUGCACAAUAACAAACAAAAUAAGCUGUACUGAUUAUGGUGCUUAGAGUGUCUGUUUAAAUUAAAAUAGCUGGUAAUAAGUUAAGACACAUUUAAAAAUAUGCUGUAAGUCAAAUGUAGAAUGUAGUCUUCACGUGACACCUUUAUGGUUUUAUUGUACAGCAUUGCUACUAUACCAGUCAUUAUAAUAGAUGUUCUUCUCAUCCUUUGGAGCAGAGUUUGGGUGACAUCUUGCGUAUUGCAGCAUGGAAGGUGCUCAAUGUAUCAGUUCCUCCACACAGAUCCUGGACAUCCCUCCGAUUGUGAUGGAAGAGUUCUGCCGUUGUAUGGACUGCUUAAAUGAAUGGGAAUGGAUGCGUUUUGGUAAAAUGUCUUUUGUUAACAAACCAAGCAACCUAAACGUGCUUGACUACAAUUUAACUUUUAUAGCAGCUUUAUAUUAUUUUCUUUUUUUUCUUUAUAUUAUCUAUUAAUAUUUUUGUGGGGAGUGAGAACAUAUUCAGUUUUGAUGGAGACGGUCUGCUGUGAAGGUUUAUGGAGGAAUCAAUAAUUUGCCUCAGCAAUAAGCACAAAGGGCAUAUUAUGGUAUGGACACAGCCCAAUGUACUCGGUAAAUGAUACUGAGGACCACUGAGGAAGAAGUGGUGAAACGGAGACUUGUGACCCAGGUUAAGAACUGAAGGUUCUUUUUACACAAGUGAGUCCGUAUAUCUCGUAAUGUUAAACUAUUGGGAGAAUGCUUCCAUUUCUCAGUCCAUAUUAAUAUCUAUCUUGACAUGCCAAUUCCUGAUUAUAUAUGUCAGGAAGCAUUAAAGCCAUCUUCACUAUCAGUCCUCUGUAUCACUGUUUCUUCAUGGUCCAGCAUUCAGGCUGACACAACGUAUUGAGAUAUGACAUCAUGUUAUAGAGCUCAGCAUAUGUAAAAGGGAAGGGAAGGCCACACAGAUCUGCAGAUCUGUAUUGGCAGUGACAGCACCGAUCUCUUUUUCCAUUCCAUGUCCAUUCCUCUUCCUGAUUACAUCUCACGCAGGCAUACCUGCAGGCCGGACGUGCCACUAGGCUGAGUAGGUAACUGCCUAUAGGCACCUGUCUACUCUUGUUACCUCUCCUAGCUACACAUGUGUAUUUUCAAUUUGAAAUAUAUUUUGAGAUACUUUUUAAUUUUGCCAUGUGGUUAAUGUAGCAUUUUUUAUAGGAGGAGAGAGAGUGAGAGGUGGAAUGCCUGACUUGGGGGGAGAUAGGAACACUUGAAAAUGUUGUACCUAGAGGCACGUGAGAUGCAUCUGCUGAGUUAUUUGUUCCUAUGCUAAAAGCUGAAUUAUUUUUGUUUCCACAAGCAUCACACAUUAUCAGCGACACAUUGGCCUUGCGGAGGUUUCACUUAUUGCAAAGGACAGGGAUCAGCAUCACCAGAGAACUUUUGUGGUCUUGGGGACAAAGGAUGACAACUAUUCAGGACCUGGUAGACAUUCUUAGAGAUUUAGAGUUGUAUAGAGCCAUGGACAUUCUGUUGCAGGGUAAGCUGAACACUGUAAUUGUACAUUGUAACCCUUGUUUGUUUGUCGCAGAGCUCUGGAUUGGCAGAGGAUUGAAUAAGCAAUGAGCAAGCAAUAUUUUAAUGCAAAGCUUGAAGCCCUUAGUCAUUUUCCUUCUGUCCUUGACCAAGGAUUUAUAAAUAUGAAGAGCAUUUUUACUUGAUAGUAAAAAUAAUAAUUCAAUAUAAGAUUUAAAUAUAAAAUACCAACCAUAACAAACUAAAUUAUGUUUUUACCUAUUUAUUUGUUUAUGUUUUGGGGUGCCCAACCGUCCGUGCGUGUGAAAUAGCCUAUAUAUAAUAUAGAUGUGCAUAUUUCAGUUUGCAAUAUUUCCACUAUUCACAUAUAUACUUUGUAGUUGUCCCUAAUCAUGUCAUGGUAUGAAUAGGGAAGGGGUUUGAGUUGGUGUAUAAGUAACAUUCGGGUAAAGGAAAACCCACUGUCUCAAGUGUGGUUUGUAGCCCCUUUUCCAGGUACGCAGGAUUUACUAAAAUAGUCACUGAACCAGCCCCUCGGUGGGAGAAAGGAGAAAAAAAUAUAUCAGAAACAGUAAAUAACAGUUAGAGAACAUAAUCCAUGCCAAUAAUAGUUAUGUAGUCUGUGUCCACACCAUUCCCCCACACAUUCCUCCUAUUGAAUACAGACAUUGGUAUGGUGAUCUGUCCAUAGGUCUGUUAGUUGGGACUACUGUUUUCUAACUAUCCCCUGGCCGGGCUGUGCCCUAGGUAGGUUAGUUAACUGCGGUAUGGUUAAACCUUAUAUUCGGUUGACUUUUAUAUUAUCCAGGGCUGCCAGAUAAACAUUAUUUAGUGGUUUAUUUAGUUGAUCGUCCUAGGGUGGGCAAUAUUUCAAUUUUAUUUUCUCAACAUUUUUUAGGAAACACUCCAAGCACUAUAGCCAUUCCAGUUUGCUGUAGUGCUUAUGGUGCAAGGAGUGCUCUGGUGCCCGUCCCCCCAUUGUAACUAGUAAAUCUAUCUGACAACUUCCUGGGGUCCAGAGACCACAGGUGACUUCUGCCAUUGAGAGCUGGAAGCUUCUGCUAGGAAAUUCUGUUAAUUUUCCUGAGCUAAGGCCCUAUAGUACAGGCUAGCUCAUUGGCUGAGAGGGUUAGCUGAUCACUCGCAGUCAAUAAUCAAAGCUUUGCACUUCCAGACUUAGCUCAAUGCAGAGAACCUAUGACAUAUGUCAUGUAGGAGGUGACCAGCACCAAUAUAAGUAGUCAAACCGUCAGCAAAUGGUUUGACUAUUUACAUUGGAGGGACACCAGGGCACUUCUGGCUCCAUAAACACUACAGAGCACUUUAGUGGUUAUGGUGCUGGGAGUGUUCUAAUAAGUGUUGUACAUUUUCCUAUGAUUAAAUGAGGUACAUAAAAACUACCGAAGUCUCCAUAGAGCUUAAGAUGUCUUCUACCACUUGUCCACAAAUAAUAAAAAAAAAACAUUAAUUGAUGCAGUUACCCAAUAAUGCUGGCUUUCUCUGUGUACAUGCCUUAAGGCAUUAGUUAUUAUGUGACACCUAUGUGACAUUUUCCUAAACUACAGUCUCCAUUCUUAGCAAAGGCAUCUCCAGCUGUCGACAAAAAAGAAGGAAUCUUAUCUGCAUGUGAGAAGAACAGUAAGUCAAGUGAAUCGAAAACUCAAGUCUCAUCCAGUUCAGGUAAUGAAUAUAUUAGUUACUGGUAUUAGAGUACACGCUCAUGUAAUCAGUAAGAACAGUCCUGGCCAUCUUCAUUGCUGUUCCAACAUGUGAAGAGGCUUGGACCAAUACAGCACAAGCACUGCAUAUGCAUACUCUCUGUUUUCCCCAUAGAAUUGUAUGAGAGAAUUCUGAUUGGCUGAAUUCUUUGUCACAGCAAGGACCUUGUAUAGCAUGACAGGAGAUUACAUAGUAUAUUUAAUAUAUUUUAAAAAUACAGGUUCAAAUUCAACCUUGAGUUCCUUAUUAAAGCAUUAUAAACACUCCUGCUGCCUUUUUUAUUCUCAUAUAUAUUCUCACUUAAAUCUUUACAUCUACAACCUCUUACCAUCUCUACUUUCAAAGUAACAAUUAAAUAGGAAACUAUUUUUUUUUAUUAGAUAGGGUUCCUUAACCUGUAUAGAUUACUGCCACGUUUGUUUGUUUAUUUUAUUAAUUAAUUAAAACUGAAACAGGCUCCUAACUGCAGCCCAGUGCUCCUCUGAUGUAGUCUAUCUUGAUGACUUUUGUUCUAUCAGAUACUUCUCAUAAAGAGGCACUGAGGAGAGGACACAGAGCACAUGUACAGAGCACAUGUACCUCUAUCUGCCAAUCUCAUGCUUCUCCUAUAGAAGUAAUGCAUGCACAUGGUGUCUAGCAUCAGCAUGGAAAGCACUGAAAUUGAAUCUAAUUGUGUGAAGCCCAGUCAGAUAGCCUCUACUAUACAUUGUUAUUGCAAAAUGUGAGCAGUGCCAUUUCUCCGAAUCGUAACUGUUUCAAUUUACAAUUCUAUAGGGCAGCAUUUAUGCCCCCCACAUCAUUUCCAAAUUAAAGGAUUUUGGUGCUUAGACUGUCCUUUUAAUCUUUACCCAUUUAUUUUCUUCUAUCCAAUGUUCUCCCCAUUCAAUUUUUCCAUUUUAUUCAACCCUCCUUCAUCUCUUGUCAUUUCCCUCUACGUUCCCCUCAACUCCCUCAUCAGCCUCUCUCAUCCUUCAUGUGCCUCCUCACCCCACAAAGUCUACUUUUCUAUCCCUACCCUCUCAAACAUGCAAUACCAUCACUACUCAGCUAAUGCUCAUACACUUCAAUAUUUUAUUUUUCUUCCAAUAUAUAGUAUGUAUUAUUGGGGGGAUUAAGAUACAGGGAAGAGGAAGAUCGUAUGUGUUGCUUAUACAAUAUGUAUAUAAAUUGCAUAAAUAAAAUAGAUAUUUUGUACUUAAUAUAUCUACAUUCAUAACAAGUUCAAUGUUAUCCUGUGUCAACUGCUAUAUGAUUGAUUAAAUCAUACAUUUUCUUAAUUCAAAAAGGGCAUUAAGGUUUCCAUGCAACUGUCCUAUAUCAUCCAUGAGAUUCAACUUCUCUUGUGUCAGUUUGAUUACUAACACACUAUUGUUUCAUAAGGUAAAGCGCUGCAGAAUAAGCUGGCGCUAUAUAAAUACCAAUAAUAAUAAUAAUAAUAAGUGGACAAUGUUAUCAGCUUUGAGACUGACAUGUGUAAAAUAGAUGUUUAAUUUUUGGUUCAAAGAGUAAGUGCAGAUGAAAAAAAUAUAGCACAAAUAUUACACAAUUUUGUAGUCUACAACUUAUCGUGGCUCAUAAAAAAACCCCAAAAAACCUUUGUUAUAAAUUUCCAGAGAAAUAAUAAAUUCUGCAUCAAGAACUUAUUGAACCAAGUCUGUACUGUCUUAGUUAUUCACUAAAGUGAAAAUAAAAAAAGAAAAUUUCAAUUGUAAACUCAAAACAGUCGAACUGUAAACAUUCUCUAAGUCAGCUAUGCUUUCAGUUCAGCUAGUCUGACCUUAAAUUUGAAAUUUACUUUGAAUUCUCACUUUAGUAAGAAUAUAACCCUGAAAGUAAACAACUCUCUAAGUAUUGUCCCAAGAUUGGAAUCAUAGCUUCUUAUUCCUGCUUAUUAUUUUUUUUUUUGCAUUUUCUUUUUUUUAUUAUAAUUCUUUAUUUUUCUUGUGCAGGUGGUUACACGGUAUCAACAGACGCCACAACAGCGUAGUGCAGGAUUUACAAAAGUUAGGCAGUGGCAUGGAAAUUCGCACAUUUUUUAUAUUUUUAUAGCAAGCUUGACUAAACUGGUAUAUUGUCAGAGUAUAAGUAAAUAAAACUAUUAGUGCUUAACAAUGCUAGAUUAGCUAUGUUAGUGUAGUUAGAGUAGGUUAAACAUCACGCUUCAAGAUAUGCUAAAACAGUUGCUUUGCUGGAUUUGUAUCUGACUCAAUACAGGACUAAAUUAAUAUAAAAAUAAAUGGUAGACAAGGCUUAAGCUAUGCAAGUGGUUUUAACGGUGUAAGUUAUAAAAAGAGAGCAUCAGGUUGCAUAGAUGGCAAGAGUGACAGGAGCCAUCCCCUCUGACUGCAGCCCAGACCUUGAGAGAGUCUCCCUGGCAGUUCAUGCUCAUCCAACCCCCGAUCUGCAGAGUCUGUGGCAUGGUAGGAGUGAGUCCAGCGUGACUAGUGGUAAGAGGGGUGGGUGCACUGUGUUUGAUCCUGUUUGUCUGCCCGAUCCUCUACUGGAUUCAGCUGAAAUGCGGGGGUGUCGUGUAGGUUGGCAGGGUUUGCAGCGUUGCAUAGGGAUGGACCGGGUGGCAGGUCCCGACUGCACUUUGCCGCAGGAGCCGGGAAUCCCCGUCUGUGGGUUAGUGACAUCGCUGUAGUGAGGGGCCCCUCUGCUUUUUAACCGUCUGGACAGCCUAGAGGAAUCAGAUCUGCUGAGACCUGGUGCUCCCUGGUUGCGCCGCCAUUUCAGUUUUGCCUGCUGCUUCCGCCAUUUUGGUUGUGGGGAGCGCUCUCAGACCCAGGCAUUACAGGUUGCGGAGACAGUCUCCUGGGACCGGGAUGACCCCCACCGGUCCAAAGGGGGGGAUACGGGGCCCUUACCGCGUGGCGUCGGAGCUCCGAAGGGAGACCGCAGGGCAGGAUAGCGAGGUGGCGGCCGUCCACCCCACUCACCGCUCGGGUAGGCCUCAGAUGUAGUUGUGCUGAUGUGCCUUCUCAGGGGUCAAAACGCUUGUAAUCCGAGUGGCCUCAGCUCCAGCACCUCUUUGCCCGCAGGACCGCUGCUGCUUAACUGCAGAUAGGUAGAUUAUUUGCUUUUUGUAGGUAUUAAUGUUGUUAAUCUGCAGGAGCUUGUCUUGUAUGCAACCUCUCAGCAUGGCGGUCCGGCCCCGCCCCCAUUCCUGCUUAUUUUUAAGGUUUCGAGAAGUAUCACGGAAAUGUAUUAUCAAACCUAGCUGGCACUAGGUACCAUCAAUACCAGCUUUUUCUGAAGAACUAUCACUGCUCCUUACACAGUGAGGACUGAAUUAGAGACAGCUAUUGACUGGUGGAGACUGGCCAUCAGUUAGAUAGCCUGAGCUAAAAGACUAACUUAGGACUGCUUCUACCUCUCUAUUCCAGAAAUCCCAGCUUUGCCUGUUGUAUCACCUCUACCUCCUCCUCCACCACUGCUCCUUCUCAACUCCGUGCAGUUAGACCAGUCAGCCUCAAGUGUGGAUAUGGCGUCACCAAGUGAGGAGGUAGGUGUUUGUUCAGCACGUGAUUUGAAUGUGGAUCUUGAAUUAUAUAGCUUUGUUACAGAAUGUUAAACAUGUCAUGGUAACAUAAUGUACAUAGUCUCUUGAUCUACUGAAAUCCCUUUCUUAGCUUCUGAGUAUCCCACAGCAGGAGAGUAGCUUGGUUCCAAGUAGUUCCUGUAAGCUUUGGACAGUAGCGGAAGUAAAGGAAACCACUGAGGGAUUCAGUAGUGGCAAUAAAAUACAUUGUGGAGAAUUUGCUGAUAUUUUCAAAGGCCGAAAGACAGGCAACACGUAUGCAGUGAAGUGUCUUAAACAGGUAAGUCACUGUAUCUAUACAUUAAUUCAAGCACUAUCAUGUUGUGAUUAAGGUAUCCAUAUAUGUAAUAUUAACAAUAAAUAAAACAAAAUCACACUUAAAUCCUGCCUAUCCCAUGAUUCAGCAGGAUCUUAUCUCGUUAAAGGAACACUGUAGUGUUAGGAAUACAAUCUUGUAUUCCUAAUGCUAUUGUAUGCCUGUCCCUAGUUAUGUGUAGGUUUGCAACAAAAAUUAAUAAAUGAAAAUACUUUUUGUCCAGCGUCAAGGCUCCCUCGAUGCAUGGACUCCUCCGGCAAAGGUCCAAUUCAAUGCUCGGGACCUGAUGCGCAUGUAUCCUCAUUGUAUUCAAUGCUUUCCUAUGAACUUCUACAUCAUGGGACUUGGUCAGUUUUACUCAGUCUGUCCAGCGGAAGCACCUUUAGUGGCUUUCAGGAAAACAGCCACAAGAGGUGGAUUAAACCAUGCAAUGGAAACAUUUUUGAAGUGGUCUGGGUGCAGUAGCCCUGUGCAGUUAAAAAAAAAAAACUGUACAGGAGCAGCCAGCCGAAACAGACGCACCAUGAGCUCCUUGCUCAAGGCCAUUAAAAAACGAUUUUUUUUGCCGGAAUAACAAGCCGCAAACUGAGCACAAAGACCUACCAGGGAUAUGAGGCAGAAAACAAAGAAGCAGAAACCAGACAAGCCCAAAUCGGGACACGAUAUCGGAGACUUAUUCCGCCAGGCACAAGGCGCACAUGGGGCCAAGAUGGCCGCCGACAUGGCGGGGUAUACAGACUCAUCAGACAAGCUGAGCUUGGAUGAGUGCACCAGCGGAAUGUUCACCCCACUAGCACAACCACCCACGACCAAAAGACCACCUGAACCAGUUACCACAGACACGCUGAGAACCAUGCUGGGUGAGCUACAGCGGGUACGGUCAGACAGGCCCAAGGGAUGGCGGACCUACAAAACGAAGUGCAGGCACUCAAGAGGCACCAAGUGACCACAGACCAACGUUUUGCGGCCCUUGAAGACCUUAGACGCCGCAAUAACCUGAAGAUUCGGGGCGUCCCCAAUAACAUACCGGAGGAAGAACUCCCACACCUGAUAAGGAGGCUCACGGGGGGCACUAGUGAAGCCACAACAGGCUAAAUCCAUGAGCUUUGAGGCGAUCUUCCGGGUCCCUAAACCAAAAAGGGCCCCGGACACAGCCUCCAGGGAGCUAGUGGUGAGGUUCCAAUCAGGCACAGACAAAGCGGCAAUUCUUACAGCCCUUAAAGGGAAGACACCCUUCAACUUUGAAAACGCCAAACUUACCUUCUAUGCUGACUUGUCAGGGGACACCCUGCAAUGGCGCAGGUCUCUCCAAAUGUUCACGACGCUCCUGAGGCAACACUACAUAGCCUACCAAUGGCGCUCACCAAGGGCCCUACAGGUCCUGCAGAACGACCAGACCCACACGGUCACAGACCUGCAAGAGGCUGUGCGGCUGCUGCCAACACUCGGCUUGUCAGAGAACUCCCUCACACCUGCAGCACAGACAGGAACGAACCACACAAAGCACCAUUCGUGCCUCAAAAACGACUGCCGAAAGACCCAGCGACAGCUCCAAUCUGAAUUGAAGGGCUCAACACACUCAGCAGCGACCUAUUUCCCCAGGACGCACCACAGCUGCAACCUGCAGCUGCCUCUGCUUAAUAUUGGACUCUUAUUUUUAUUUGCUAUUCUGGACUAUUUUUUUUUUAUUUUUUUUUUACCUCGUUACCACACACUAUUCUAGACACUAGCAGCCCAGCCAACCUGGGGUUCCCACAGGCCCACUAUCCGGGACUUUGGACAUGUCAGAGAUGAGCAGGCCGCAGAAGCCCCUAGCGCAUGGGCCCUUUCCCCCUCCGCGCCCUACUGCUUAUGGACACUCUUCACCGCAACCUCUGGCACUGGCAGCCGAGGCACUGGCACUGACACAUUCGGACCGAAGCCAAAUGCUCAUAGGCCCCGCAUAUAUUGCCGCUCCACACGACAGCACCCAGACCUCCAGGGCAGCAGGACAUGAGACUCUCAAGCCCCAACCGACAACCCCAGUUCCCAAAUGAACUGGAGGGGAUUGCAUAGUAAGCCGGACAUAACUGGCGCUUCACCCUUACUUUUUAUAACUCUCUCACUGGCCCUUCUACGCCCAACCAUACCGAGGCAAUUAGUACCCCAUGUUCCUUGACUCUCGGCCCACCAAUGAAGGCCUAUCCAAGGGGCCUCCUGAUGUGGCUCACAGCUUAUAAUGCUUUAGUUGUACUAAUUUUUAUGUUUCUCGUUUAAAGUCUGACUUGUAACUGCAAGUUGACAACCCACUCCAGUGGCAUUGAACAACUAACACACGCUCACAUGCUCCACUCUAAACCACUGACAGCACCGUAAGGUCUGAUGAUAUAGCCUGUCAAUGCUCAAGCGGUAUACUGAUAACUUCCUGACAGUUACAUAAGAUAGAUUUUACUACCCAAUGCUACCCUUAUUGGUGUGCUAGUCUAGUGAGACAAGCUCAGACACAACACUUAAGCUUGACGUUGGCUUGUUCCCUACAGCUCAAACCGUGUUUGGAACCCCACGUUUACCCAUGUUUUCCACAUUAUAAAAUAGUACGACUCCUGUGACACUGUAAGUAAAGCUUUAUCCGGUAUGCUGCAUACCCCUAUCGAAAUGUUACUAUACUGCUGGUAAUCGUACAAAAUAUACUAAGCAAGUUUCUAAUACUGUUGUUAUAUAUUUAAGAAUUGUGCAUAUCUUUCUCAUUGCCUUACUACAAGUAAGCUAUGUACUGUGAAUCUAUUGUCAUUGGUUGAUGGGGCAUGACAAAAUGCGUGUAUUUUUUCUGCACUACAAAAAUAAAGAAUUAUAAAAAAUAAAAACUGUACAGGGCCACUGCACCCAGGCCACCUCAAAAAUACAAUUUAAAUCCAUGUAUCUUUACCUGCAACUAGUUAUGUCCAUCUUAGCUCCUUGUCAAAAGUUAUACGCUCUGUUUUUUGCACCUGCCAGCCUUCGUACAGAAAGCACAUAAAACAAUGUUUGUAUCUCUAUUGUUCAUUUGCUAAUUUUGUUCUUGGCCUUGCCAUGUCUGAAUUGGAUUAUUAUGUAAUUUGCUACAUUUGUUAUAUAAAUUUAAAAGAAAAUAAAGCAUCUUAUGAAUAAAACAUUAAUACAAGUUAUAGGUGAUAAUCAGUGUUUAUUACAUAAAUUAAAUUCCAGACAUUUACACACACACACACAAAAGUGUUCAAGUAUUCAAGGGUAUAGAUUUAUCCUGAUCUCAGGAUGAUGAAAGCCUGAGUUGUCCCUGUACAACACUGUAUACUAUGAUUGUUGUCUUAGCAGUAUCAGGGCAAUACAAUGUGGUUCAUUAAUGUGCAUUAUAUUGCUGUGGAGAGUGGUAAUAUACCAUACCUCCCAACUCCGGAAUCCUGUGGAUCAAGAAGGGAGAUAAAGGGGCCAUGCCGGUGACUUGAUUGCAUCACUAGCACCACCCCACAUUGCUGCCCCUAAGGCUGCCUGUCCAUCACUCAGGCUGGCGCACUAAAACAGUGCUCCCUGCAGUGUCCUGGUCCAUAAUCAUUACACGAGCGUGUCUAAUGAUACGAAUGUUGGGGGCAGCUCCUUGGUGUCCCCAAAAGCAGGGACUGAGUAAUUCUGUAAUUUUUGUAGCAUCUGAUUUUUAUGGUUCACCAAGACAUACAUUACCGUGACAUUUUUUGCUGUUACAUAGUUACAUAGCUGAAAAGAGACUUGCGUCCAUCAAGUUCAGCCUUUCUCACAUAUGUUUUUGCUGUUGAUCCAAAAGAAGGCAAAAAACCUAGUCUAAAGCGCUUCCAAUUUUGCAACAAACUAGGAAACAAUUCCUUCUUGACCCCAAAAUAGCAGUCAGAUGUCUCCUUGGAUCAAGCAGCUAUUACCCCACUAAUUAGAAAUUAUAUCCCUGUAUGUUAUGUUUUUGCAAGUAUUUAUCCAAUUGCAGUUUAAACAUCUGUAUGGACUCUGACAAAACCACCUCUUCAGGCAGAGAAUUCCAUAUCCUUAUUGCUCUUACUGUAAAAAAAAAACUCUUUCCUUUGCCUUAGAUUAAAUCUAAAUGCGUGACCUCGUGUCCUAUGUACAGCCCUGUUUAUGAAUAGAUAUCCAGAUAAAGGUUUGUACUGGCCCCGAAUAUAUUUGUAUAAUGUUAUCAUAUUUUGCAAAUUUUUCCAAACUAAAGAGAUUAAAUUUUUGUAACCUUUCUUCAUAACUAAAAUGCUCCAUUCCUUUUAUCAAUUUUGUAGCUCGUCUCUGCACUUUUUCUAGUGAUAUCUUUCUUUAGAACAGGUGCCCAAAAUUGCACAGCAUAUUCAAGGUGUGGUCUAACCAGCGAUUUAUAAAGUGGCAAAAUUAUAUUUUCAUCCUGAGAAUUUAUGCCCCUAUUUAUACAUGACAAAAACUUACUGGCCUUAGCAACUGCAGAUUCACAUUGCAUAUUGCUGCCUAAUUUGUUGUCUAUAACAAUUCCCAAAUCCUUCUCGUGUGUGGUUAUGCCUAGUUCACUACCAUUUCGGGUGUAAAUUGCUUGUGCAUUCUUAACCCCGAAGUGCAUAACUUUGCAUUUCUCUACGUUAAAUUUCAUCUGCCAUUUUACCAUUGAACUUUGUGAUACACCUGAACACAUCACACGUUACUGUGAGAUUUAUUGAGUCUUAAAGGCACACUAUAACUUGAUUUGAAACACAAACCUGUAUUCCUAAAGCUAUGGUGUCCUAGUUGUGGUUUUUACUUGACUGUACUCCAAUGCCGAGACUCCCUCGGUGCUGCUGCCUGCACCUCUUCCUGCGACUUCAUCUGGCUAUCUUGCCGAAGGUCAAUUUAAUGCUCCUCAAACAGGAUUGUCGCAAAUGCUUCUCAGCGGAAUACCUUGAAUUCAAUGCCUUUAAACUGCAAUUUUGAUGACAGGGUUACUGAAUUAAAAAAAAAUCUAGUAAAAGUAAGGUUGUUUUUUUUCCGAGCAGUAUACCCCCCUUCCUCAAAUGUAAACUAGUUGACAAAUGUUUAUAUUUCCCAACAGGAAGAGAGCAAGCGGCAGAACGGCAUGCGUUCCUAUUUCCAGACAGAAGCACAGAUAAGUUUUCGGUAAGAAGAAGUAGUAUUGCUAGUGUGCCAACAUAUUCAGCAGUGAUGUACAAUUGGAUAAAUAACAGUAACUGAGGAAAAAAACUAUUUAGACAAACAUAUGAACAGGUACCAAAGUCCUUACUCAAAUAUGGUUAAAAUGGGGAAGUAUGUUUAAAGGACAACUGUCAUUGCAUUUUCACUUCUCUUUUCUAAAAAAAACGUACUACAUUUAAUGAAACUUAGUGAUUGUUUUAAAUGAGGUAUAUUGAUUUAUUGGAGAAAAUAUUACUUUUUUGACUUGGCUGAGCAGCCAUAUUGGGUCAGAUUCUACUGUUUUCUGACCACAUGUUACUCAGCCUAACUUGCCUGGUGUUGCAGGCUCACACAGAGCAAGCAUCCCAACAUCCCAGCAGCAAGCUCGUUUGGUUGAGCAACAGUUGGUUAGAUCAUACUAAAAUAUGACCCAAAAUGGCUGCUCAUGCAGAUAAAAAAGUGAAGUUUUAUUUAAAGGGACACUAUAGUCACCCAGACCACUUCAGCAAAAUGAAGUGGUCCGGGUGCCAGGUCCCCUCAGGUUUUAACCCUGCAGCUGCAAACAUAGCAGAUUCAGAGAAACUGCUAUGUUUACAUUGCAGGGUUAAGCCAGCCUCUAGUGGUUCUCUUCCGGACAGCCACUAGAGGCGCAUCUGCGACGCUGGAGGCAUAUUAAUAUUGAUAUCAAUAUUGAUGUGUUCAGUUUGCUAUUAUGGUCAUGUCCGUAUGUAUAUGUGAUUGCAUGUCUAGGCAUCUAUGCGUGUGAUUGUAUUUAUCUGGGGACAAAAAAAGGGUUUAAAAGGGAUUAAGAAACACACAAAAAGUAACAGUGGGUUAAGACACAAUACUGUAAAAGGAAAUGAGACACACAAGGUGGAAAGAAGGGAUUAGGAGAGAGAUUAAUGAAGAAUCAGGAAAAACGUAGAAGGGGUUGAGGAGGUAUGAGGUAACACACAAAUGUUUAUUCUAAUCAAUUGGCAUGGUAAGGACUAACCUAUUCCAAAACAGCUGAAAUGGAAAAAAAAUAUCCAAUUCAUUUCUUUUCAGAUGGGCUAUAUUGUCCAAGAUAUAUUGUUUUGGUUUAGAAAGGGGUGCUGUGAGGAUUUUUCGCACAGGGCGCCUAAUGGGAUAGUCCAGCUUUGUCUGUCAGUAUGUGUGUCUGUCAGUGAGCAUUUUUAAAUCAGUGAAAGUGUGUGUCUGUCAUUGAGAGUGUCUAUCAGUUUGUGUGUGUCUGUCAGGAAGUGUGUAUGUAUGUGUCUGUCAGUGAGUGUGUUACGACCUGCAGUGGUUAUGGUGCUGCGGUCUUUGGUUCCCUCUCCCAACAGCUGAGCAUGAGUGAUUAUAGCUGCAGCAGGGAGUAGAGGAAUAAGAUAGAUGAAAUGCAGUUCCAAGGUAAUUCUUCCCAGCAAGUACAAUAUCCCCCAAACAUGAGCCUAAACUUCAUGAAAGGUGUAACAGGAAUGAAUUUUAUUGACAACACACAGGCUUUUAUGAGAAAUCCUCCUGCAAGAGGACCUCCCACAGCAAACAAAGACAAUAACCAAUCAACACACAGAUUUACAGUAAUACACGCCUCCUCUCUGCCUGGGAGAUAUUGAGAUAAGUUAAGGAAUAAACCAAUUAUCUCCAGGCAGAGAGCACACAAUUUCCCCAAAACUUAGAACACCCCUUUCCCCACAAGGUAUCCCCACAAAUUAUUACAUAUCCCCUGAUAGCCCCGAUCUGGGGGACAAACAUAUCCAAAUUUAACCCAGAUCGGUUCAGGGGUUCUGAAAAAGUGUGGAGGGUCCCUUUUACCGACCACACACGCAGCUCCUGCCCAAAACAGUUCCACGAAUUCAGCGCGUGCGGUCGGUCAAUUCACAAAACUGUAAAAAACGAACAAAAGUCCCGAAUGGAUCCCCCUGGCCUAUAGUAGCGAUUGCUCCCCUUGUCCGUUCGCAGAGAACUACCGAAUGAGGCUUUCCUGGCUGUUCGGGAAAUAUGAGAAGCCGGCGUUCGGUAGUUUUCAGCUGUAGUUCGCGAGGUCGAGUGUCCGAUUUUAGUUCCAGACAUUCGAAGACCAAGUCCCGCUGGCUCUCUUCGUGUGAACAAGAUGGCCACCAUUUUCUUUUCCACGUGGCGUUCGGUUUUACGAACAGCGGCCGCCCAGGGAGCACUUAAAGGACCACUCUAGACACCCAGACCACUUCAGCUUAAUGAAGUGGUCUGGGUGCCUGGUCCAGCUAGGGUUAACCCAUUUUUUCAUAAACAUAGCAGUUUCAGAGAAACUGCUAUGUUUAUGAAUGGGUUAAGCCUUCCCCCUAAUCCUCUAGUGGCUGUCUCAUUGACAGCCACUACAGGCGCUUGCGUGCUUCUCACUGUGAUUUUCACAGUGAGAGCACGCCAGCGUCCAUAGGAAAGCAUUGUAAAUGCUUUCCUAUGAGACCGGCUGAAUGCGCGCGCAGCUCUUGCCGCGCGUGCGCAUUCAGCCGGCGGGGCGUAACGGAGGCGGAGAGGAGGAGGAGAGCUCUCCGCCCAGCGCUGGAAAAAGGUAAGUUUUUACCCCUUUUCCCCUUCCAGAGCCGGGCGGGAGGGGGUCCCUGAGGGUGGGGGCACCCUCAGGGCACUAUAGUGCCAGGAAAACGAGUAUGUUUUCCUGGCACUAUAGUGGUCCUUUAAUAGCUGGUUCCUUUGAAGUAAAUGAGCCAGGAAGGUGGUCGGCGUUCGGUAGUUUCAAACUACCGAACCAAUCCAUUCACUAGACAAGUAAUAACACAUAAAAAUACAGAAUAAAAAGGAAAAAAAUGACAGGUAAAAGUUCAUUUUCUUCACAGAGUGCUUCAAAUCAGUGAGAUUGUGUAUGUCAUUGAGAUUGUGUGUCAAUGUUUCUGAUUAUGUUUCUGUCAGUAUGUGUCAAAUCAGUGAGUGUGUGUCUCUCAGUGAGAGUGUGUGAAUGUCAGUGGGUGUGUGUCUAGAAGGAGAGGUGAAGUCGUUGCAAAUAGGAGGGGUUAGUAAGAUCCCCACGCCCAGCUGGGGGCGCCAAAAGAAUGUCUGCAGCCAGGCGUCUGUGAUCCUAGGAUCGGCCCUGCCGACUCCACAAGCCUCCUGCAACAGACACCUCCGGAUUGGAAGCAUCCAUGCACAAAAUCAAGCCGGCAAAGCCCUCUCUUGAUGCAAUGGUCUGUAGCCUCACUGGGGCCUGAAAAACCAGGCACAGAGUUUGCAGCAGUGGCGAGUAAGACCGGGACCAGAGUAUACGGGACCUUGUCCUCUACUGCCUCUCAUGAAGUCGAUUCUCUAAGCUUGCUGAUUCUGUGGCACUCGGACGCAGACCUGCAACUGAAGGAUCCACUGUGUACUUACCAACCUGCAAGAUCCUUUAUGCAGAGAGCCCAGCAGUCUCCCCACAAAUUGGGUAUUGGAUGAUGAGGUGGGAGAAACCUGGCUGUCCGCUGGCACAUACCGGCGAUCGUGCAGGCAACACUUCCAUAUGGUGGACUCCUGUUCUACAUUCCUGCUUUUAAGUUAUUUUGAUGGUCAUAGCCCCUGUGUAACGCAAAGCAUAGUCUGACACGUUUUAUAAUUAACCAACUCACUUGUCUCUUGCAUAUCUAGCUAGUACUAUAUAACUGCGAUUAGCCUGCAUUUUAUCUAUUAGUUAGGCAUGUCUGAAUAGCUUGAUAUUUUUGCUUACUUGACCUUAAAAUUUGUGCAGUUUUUCUUUAUAUCACAAUAUUGUCUGUUUUUUAUGGAUAUAGUUGGUUAUAGUAGCAUUGGAACCUGAUUGUUCUCUCAUGCACAACAAAAAUGAAGAAUAAAAAAAAAUAAAAAAUAAAAAAUAAUAAAUCUACAACAUUAAAGGGUCACUCCAAGUACCAUAACCACAUCAGUGAUUAAAAGUGGUGAUGGUGCCAGAAGUUUGUAUGUGCAGCGAUUCACAAAGAAAUACAAAUAGUUAUUGGCAGCAUCAUUCUGGUGUCAUUACCCGGCUCAGAAGACUAGUUCUGUGCUGGCUAAUGUCAAUUCUGUGCAUAUUUCAAUGCACAGAGAAUCAUUCAUAUCCUGAAAGCGGUCAGCUGACUCUCUCAGCCAAUGAAUGACCGUUGGGAUCAGCAUCUGGCUCCUGCAGCUCUUACACAUGUAAGAUUGGUGCCUUCGAGCCCAGCAGACCAAAGUGAGAAAGCAAACUGUUGCAAAACAGUUUGCCCCAUUACAGAGGAAUGAUGCUCUGGUACUCCUAGCAUCAGCAGUGGUUAUGAUGUUAGAGUAAUCCAUUAAAUCUAAUAAAAAAAUGUAAUUGAAAAUGUAACAACUGUUGUCUUUUAAUUAUAUGUCAACUGUUCAAAUGUAUAAAUUACCUAAGUUUAUUCUAUUUGUUGUCCUGAAAUCAUGAGUUGUUCCUUUUUGGAAUUAAACUUGCAAACUUGAGGUAAAAAAUAUACAGAUAUUAAUGCUUGUGGUCUCAAGUGUCAGAGAAGGUCUGUGCUGGACAAUGGCAGAUAGAUGCACUGAUGUUGUUACACGGAUAGAGGAAUAAACUGUAACACUGUAGUCACUAUAUCCAUUUCAUCUCAUUGAAUUGGCUAUGUUACCUGGAGUCCCAUAGCACUGUUAAACCAAGCAAUCUAACACUGAUUGAAAGUCUCUGGCCAUCUACAGCUCAGCCCCUACUGCAGGUGUGGCUAAGGCAGAGAUUACACACUUCCUUGUUGAAGCCAUACGCAUUCAUACUGACAAUGGGAUCUCCAAUGACACUCUCAACAAUCACAGCUGCCCACUGCUGCUCAGGAAACUUUCUAAUUAGCCAAAACAGCACAGAGGGGAGGGGCUGCAGGAAACUCUUGUUUAGCAUUAAAACAUAAAAACAUUAAAUACUAUUUAACGCUGAAAGAACGGGCAGCACCAGGGGACUACAGAUACUAUAACAAGUUCAAUGAGACGAAGCAGAUACAUUCCCUACAGUGUCCCUUUAAAUAAAGCAAUUGUUUUCUAAAUAAUAAAAAAAACAAAGCUGCACCCCUUUAACCCCCCCACAGAACACAGCCCCCAUCCCUCCUCAAAAAUGCACACACACAUCAACUGCAUCAACUACAUACACACUCUGCAUCCGUUAAACACUUUCAAGCACCUUAAUGGUGAUUGUGAAACAUAUUUAAAACUAAAAUAAUACAACGGAUGUCGGCUCUGAUCAUAAAUAACAAAUCCCUGUAGUACGUCCAUGGUCAAUUUUCCAUUGGGGCUCUGUUCAUUAAAGUCUUAAAAGUGACAAUAAUGUGGUUUGUCAUAUAUAUUGUAUUGGAUACCAAUAAUGUAUUUUGUCAGACAUAUCGUAUUGGAUACCAAUAAUGUAUUUUGUCAGACAUAUCGUAUUGGAUACCAAUAAUGUGUUUUGUCAGAUAUAUCAUAUUGGAUACCAAUAAUGUGAUUUGUCAGACAUAUCAUAUUGGAUACCAAUAAUGUGGUUUGUCAGACAUAUCGUAUUGGAUACCAAUAAUGUGAUUUGUCAGACAUAUCGUAUUGGAUACCAAUAAUGUGUUAUCGUAUUGGAUACCAAUAAUGUUUUUUUUUCCCGGACAUAUCGUAUUGGAUACCAAUAAUGUGAUUUGUCAGAUAUAUCAUAUUGGAUAUUAUUAUUUGGUAUGGUGCAAUAGGACUGGUAAAAACCCUUUUUCAUUGCAUUUUCUAUAAUAUGUAAUGUGUUUGUCUAUCUGUCUGCCUAUCUAAUAUAAAUGUAAACAUUUAUCUGUGCUGUUCUAGUUGCAACCAUUCCAACCUCUUGCUGCUGUUGGGUUUUUGUGUAGAGGACGGUCUAUGUUGCCUCAUAAACAAGUUCAUGAAAAACGGAUCAUUGGACACUGCCUUAGAGAAGGUACAUAAUACUUUGCUUUAUUUUUUUUUUUUUAAAGAUACAUAGUUCUGUUUACAUAACAUGUCACAUUUAAAGAUAUCUAACUCAAAUAUAAAAUGAUAGCUUCCUAAACAAUUGCUCCAUAAAGCUUGAGUACUGUAAUAGACAGGGGGCUGCCAAUAUAGUUAAAAAGCAUGUUAAUAGUGAGCCAAUAGUAGGUGAAAGUAAAGGGGGGGAGUGGGGAACAUACCGACCGCCAUACUGGUUAGCCAAAUGAAUCUAACUGUGGACGUUGGCUUUAUUCUGCAUCACUUUGAGACAACUGUCUCAUUCAGAAGCUCUAACAUUGAAUGAGACAAUGCAGGCUGAAAAAAGCAGGUAAAUAUGAUUUUUAUUUUAGUUUUAUAUUUCCAUGCUUCCUAUUUUUAUGCUUUCCACACCCACUCCUGGAAGACACUGAUCUAACCAAUCAGUGUCCUAUCCCUUGGAAUGCUGGAAAAGUGCAUUGGGCAUGCCUAAAAUCGUCACAUAUGUGCAGUUGGAAGCUCUCUUCACCUUGCAACAUCCUUACAGGGGGAGUAGAGAGAGAGAGUCUGUUAAUGCAGAGCAGGAUCUAGUGUCAGGAUUCUCUCUCCUUGCUGUGUUAGUCAGUACAGGGGGAAUAAAGAGUUUUUGCUGCUACACAAUAUUUUCCUGUUUUUGUCAUUAGUGGACUGGUCUUGACUCGAUUAGGGGAUGGAUAAGAGGGGGCCUAAAGAAACUCUCCUAGCUGGGCGGGAUGCCCAACAACGGAGUCUGUCCAAGUUAAUGAAACAUUCAUAAACAUAUUUUUCAUACUUUUUCUUGUUUUAUUUUGGAUUGUUAAUUUGUUUAAAAGUGUUUGCUUGCUGGUAUUAAUUUUUUUAUUUUAUUUUUUACAAGAGAUGCAUGUACCUUUAAGAGCAAUUUGCUAACUCUGCAUCUCCAAUCCAGUGUGUACUUGACAGAGUAGAUUCUCUUGGGAGUGUUUUGACAUUAAAUAAGCCACAUCCGACAACUCUUAAUGGCAGUACUGACUUGGCACAGUCGGAAGCCAAUCUCCUAGUCUGACACGGACACACUGCAAUUUUGUAAACAUACAACUUCCUCAACACCCAGAAGUUUUCCAGGGAUAGAGGAUAUGUGUCUACUUGGAAAACUACCUUGCCUUAUUUUCCAGAAGUAUUGCUUUCACUGUUACCACGUAGCUUACCAUUCAUCAGAGUAUGGUUUAGAGAAGCCUCCAUGUGACAUAUGCAGGUUUAUUUACUAAAGUCAGAAUUAAAAGUGAAUUUCAAAAUUAAGUUCAAGAUCGCCAAACUGGAAAGCUAGUUAUUCUUCAGUUCAGCUAAUCUGGAUUUAAAUGUAAUAUUUACUUUGAAUUCUCACUUUAUUAAAUAACCCUGAUAGUAUUCUGACCAACCCCAUGGAGGUCCUACCAGACUAGGCAAGGGAUGAACAGAACACUUCUGAAAAUUACAAUGUACUUUCACCAAACAACUGAGCUCAGUCCUCCACUCCAAGGUGCUCCUAUUGUACUAAUAUAUUAACAAGGCACAAUGGCCUGGCCACAUAUUCCGGGAGAAGAUAUUCUCCACAUUCAUGAUCAUUAAUGAUGACCAAACUGGAGGGUCAUUAGUUUUCUCCAGGCACAUCUGAACCUCCUAGGAGACUCUGAACAUUGGGUUCUGUUGGACUGACAUUACAGUUCUCUGGCCAUACAGAAAAAUUCAGACUUUAAGCUACUGAUAUAUAUCUCCUGUAGAGUUUUAAAUUAUCUUUGGCAUUCCUAUUGUUUCUGGAAUAUCAUAUUUUGAUUUUGUCUGUAUUAGCAAAGUCUCCCAUUUUCUAGUUGAGCCUAUUCGGACAGGAGGUAUUUUUCUUAACUGAUUAUCUACAUUACAUACAUAAUCUACGUAUAAAUAAAAUGUGCAUUGCAUAGGUUUACUUUAUGCUGUAUGUUUACUGCCUGUUUAGUUGUAUCUGCAUGGCAAAAAUAAAAAUGCAAACAAUAAAAUAAAUAUUGAUCCAUGUAGAGAGUAAGAAACUAGAGAAGCAAGGGUAGACGGUCCAGAAAGGGAGGCUAAAAACAUGGGGACCAUAGGCGUGCGCAUGGGGUGUGCCGGGUGUGCCUGGGCACACCUUAAUUCCCGCAGCACGCCUAUGGAGUGAGACCGGCAGGGGAGAUCUCAGGAUCUCCCCUGUCGGCUCAUGCAGAGCCGGCACUAUCCGAGCACCGGCUCUGCUCUAAGCCUCCCUCCCCACUGCAGUAUGGAGGGAGGCAGGAGAGGACCCGGGGAGCUCAACCAGCAGCUCCGCCGGGUUCCUCUCGCGAGAUCUGAGCAUUUCCACGGCAACGCUCAGAUCUCGAGAGAGUGAACUCUAGCCCCACAGAGGCUAGAGUUCACUCUCCACUGGACCACCAGGGAAAGCAGCAGGAACAAGAAUCCCCCCUCCCUACAUAAGAUAAGAAAGGAGGGGGGAUAUUAAGUAAUGUACCCCCACCUCCACCUCCCACAAUCACCCACACACAUACAGCGCCCACACAGCACCUACACACAUACAGCACCCUCACACAUACAGCACCCACACACAUACAGCACCCACAAACACACAGCACAGAAACAGCACCCUAACAAACACACACACACACACAAACAGCACCUUUACACACACAACACCCUCAAACCAUCCUCACACAAAGCAGUGUAUGUAUAUAUAUGUGUGUGUGUAUAUAUAUAUAUAUAUAUAUAUAUAUACACACACACGCGGCGUGUGUUUGUGCUUUAGGGUGCACACCCUAAUGCAAUAGGCUGCGCACCCCUAUGAUGGGGACUAAGCGCAUGAGCCCUAGAGACUAAUGCUACAAAAAUCCAAAGUUUGAGUGGAAUGACCCUGGCAGUGAGUGUGAUAAACCCAACAACUGAAGAUAAGAGAGGGGGAUGGAGGGUGAAAAACUUAAGGAAUGAAGACCAGGGUAUCGAGAGUGAGAGAUACUGGGGAAGAUAAGAUACGGAGGGACUGGAGCCUCUGGAGGUGAGAAAGAUGGAGACAAAAAGACAGAGAGAAAGAAGACCAAAAAAAGGACGAUUACAUUAAAAAAAUUAUCAUUGCACAAUAAUGAAACAAAAAUAAAUUGUGCGCCAUUUAUCAUGGAUUGUAAUAUGGCAACCUCGUACAUAGCAAUGUAGGUUUUUAUUUUCUUAUUAGUUGCAAGUUCUCAUUUGCGUGCUGUCUUGUAGAGACCACAGCAAAUUCCACAGCAGUUAGAUCAAAAUCCAUUGUUACAAAUAUUUAUAACCAAAUAUACAACACGCCUUACAGCAGGGCUAUACAGAAAAAUGGCAAUUGCCGGGAAUUCCACCUGAAUUCAAAAUGAAAUGCAAAGCUUUAGCCAAAAAUAUGCAAAUUGGAACAUUAAUCAAAGUCACCUUCUCAGUUUGGGUAAUUUUGACCUAAAAUUUUGAAUUUAUUUUGAAUUCACACAUUAGGCAGAUUUUGAAAUGAUGAGUGGGUUAAAGUAAAAAAAAAUUGCAGUGAUAAGAUUGUGUAAAUCCCAGGUGCUGCUUGGCACUUACCUUCUUCUUAAUGGAAGGCUUGUCUCUGACGUCACUGUCUUCUCAAAUCCUGCAGAAUGGAGCAGACAUCCUGACCUGGGAGAAGCGACUAAGUAUUGCAAUGGGACUUCUACGAGCAGUUUGUCACUUACACGAUAAUGAGAUAUUCCACGGUAAUAUCAAGAGGUGCGUGCAAUAGGGUUUAGUAGUAAGUAUUGCCACAGACAAGAAGGUAUUGAUGUAAAUGGACCAUGAGUUAAAACUUACACAUGUAAAAUACAGGAAUGGAUGCCCAUGGCUUAAUUUAAAGCAGAACUGCCACUUGGAAAAUGGUGCAAUUGAAAAAAAAUUAAAAUAAUAUAUAUAUAUAUAUACACAAACACAGUUAUGUUUUGUUCUUUUUUUUAUUUUAUUUUUUUUACAUUCUUUAUUUUUGGUAGUACAUGGCAUGACAAUCAGGUAAACAAAGAAAUUUUGUGAAGGUAUAAUGGACAAUGCGCUGAUGUAGCAAUAACAAGAAAUGCCAAUGUACUGCACUUUUUUUGGGAUAAUAAAAGAGAUAGUCAUGUCAGUAUACAAAACACUAUUCAUGCUUAGGUUUAGUAGUUAUCAAUCAAUAGCUAGGGAAACCGAGAUAACAUCUAUAACAUGCUUUGGCAACUGACAAUGUUUUAAGAUUUAGUAAUAAAAUAUAAUAACAUGCUUGGUCAAUAGACAAAAAGAAAAAACAAGCUGAGAAAGACCACCAGAUCAAUUACAGGAUCACUAUAGUGUCAGGAAAACAAACUCGUUUUCCUGGCACUAUAUAACCCUCAGGGUCCCCCUCCCGCUGGGCUGAAGGGGUUAAAACCCCUUCAGCCACUUACCUUUAUCCAGCGCCAGGCUCAUUCGGUGCUGGUGACCUCUCCUCCCCGCCGUCAGCUCCUGAGUGGAGCGGAAUGCGCAUGCGGGGCAAGAGCCGUGCGCACAUUCAAACAGUCCACAGGAAAGCAUUUCUCAAUGCUUUCCUAUGGACAUUCUGCAUGCUGAAUGCGAUUUUCACAUCCAGUGUUGCAGAAACGCCUCUAGCGGCCGUCAGGAAGACAGCCACUAGAGGCUGGAUUAACCCUGCAAUGUAAACUGCUAUAUUUACAUCUGAAGGGUUAAAACCUGUGGGACCUGGCACCCAGACCACUUCAUUGAGCUGAAGUGGUCUGGGUGACUAUAGUGUCCCUUUAAGACUGUGCCCCUCUCUAUGUCACCGUUCAGCAGACUGGGCGUCAGAGACCGUGGUGAGGCAGUACCUGGGUGGCAAGUCAGGUCCUGUGAUGUUUGCUGGUGUCGUCUCCAAGCAUGCUGCUUCUCAGAAGGCCCCCAUUUUGGUCAAUAGUUGGGAGUAAGCCUCAGUGUUGCACCCCUGAGCGCCACCAGCGCGGCCUUGUCCUCUUGAGGCGGGCCACCCAGGGCACUGCUGCCAUGCAUCGGCUUCCGGUACUUCGGGGUCACAGUGUAGGUGAGUAUGUUGGUGUAGCUUGUGGGGCCGGCUGGAGAUAUCUGCGUGGCAGGUCCUGCCAGAAUUCCUUGCAGAGGUAGCGGGGCUUCAGCUUCAUCAUAUUGCAGGUCUGUGCACAUCGGACCAGGAGAUCGGCCGCCUCUCCCCGCCACUACGCCCGUCAGGCCUUGCUUGCAGUCAGCGUGGUUCGCAGCUUGGAUGGCCGCAGACCGACCCUGGAGUUAACCCCCAGUCGGUCAGUCAAUGCAGAGUGGCCAAGUAACUUGUUUUGCUCGGGGUUGUCAAAAGUGUUGGCGACUAGACUAAUUUGUGUAGUACUUGGAGAGCUUUCAGAAAACACAUCCAGUCUACACUGCAGUCAGGCCCCGCUCCUCCGGUGGCUUUUCUUUAAUCUAAUUUUUCCACAUUUAAAGUAUUGACAAAAAUUGUAUUUUCACUGCCAUGUUAAAGGAACACUAUAGUCACCUAAAUUACUUUAGCUAAAUAAAGUAGUUUUAGUGUAUAGAUAAUUCUCCUGCAGUUUCACUGCUCAAUUCACUGUCAUUUAGGAGUUAAAUCACUUUGUUUCUGUUUAUGCAGCCCUAGCCACACUUCCCCUGGCUAUGAUUGACAGAGCCUGCAUGAAAAAAAAAGUGGUUUCACUUUCAAACAGAUGUAAUUUACCUUAAAUAAUUGUAUCUCAAUCUCUAAAUUGAAUUUUAAUCACAUACAGGAGGCUCUUGCAGGGUCUAGCAAGCUAUUAACAUAGAAGGGGAUAAGAAAAUCUUAAUUAAACAGAACUUGCAAUAAAGAAAGCCUAAAUAGGGCUCUCUUUACAGGAAGUGUUUAUGGAAGGCUGUGCAAGUCACAUGCAGGGAGGUGUGACUAGGGUUCAUAAACAAAGGGAUUUAACUCCUAAAUGGCAGAAGAUUGAGCAGUGAGGCUGCAGGGGCAUGUUCUAUACACCAAAACCUCUUCAUUAAACUAAAGUUGUUCAGGUGACUACAGUGUCCCUUUAAUUUUUGAGACGCUGUCUGAAAUAUUGCAAGUUAACGGAUACUAUGUAAACUCAAUUAUUUAUACCCUCAAUAUUUAUGUAAAAGAUAAAUAAAAUAAAAACUAAUAUUGUGUAAAUGUAGAUCAUUUUCAUUUACAGGUACCCCUGAACAGCAAUCUACACACAAACUUGUUGCUUUCUUCUAUAUUUCUGUAUAAUGUAUUUAAACAGAAAGUGAAGGGGUUAAAGCAGCUAAAAUAUGUACCGUGCAAGCAUUCUAAGUGUCUUUAUCAUUGUAUUACUUUCUUCCUGUCUUUUACUUUUAAUUUAAGAACUAUUUGUUACAGCAUUAGUGGGUCCAUUUAUGUCAGCUAGUCUUUUCUCUUCUGUGUUUCCCUAACUCAUUGAACACGCAAUCUGUUGCGCGUUGGCUGAGGUUUUCCUCCUUAUCUGGUUAACAUAACCAUAGGGACUUUUGUCCCUAUAGCCAGUUCCCUGCAGUGGACCCGAUGUAUCAGACUCUAUGCUGUUCUCCCACAACAGUGAGAGAUCCAUCACGAAUGUUUUCGCAUACAAACAUUGGGUUCGGUAUAUGGGGUUAAAAGGACAGAGCCCAACAAGUCAGGAUGUGGUGUAAUAUUCCACAGGAAGAGUUUAACUCCCCACCAUAUUUCAAUUUCACCAACCACCACUGUUCCUAAGUCUAUGUUAAUGCAGUGAAAAAGGAAGAAAAAUACAUUUGCUUGCACUGGAGGAGCAGAUUCCCAGAUCCCUUUGCUCUGUCCACCCAUUCUCUACUACUACAGUUCACAGUGGUGACGGGGAACCCUAAAUAUAUUCAUCCAAGUAAACAUUGCAAAACUUUUAUUCUAUGCCACAGCCCACAGGUAACUUUUUUAAGAGAAGUUUUUAACUUCUGCAAAUGUUUUUCGUUCUUCUUUUCUUUGCAGCUCCAAUGUGUUUCUGGAUGAAGACCUCUCUCCUAAACUAGGACAUUCUGGCCUUCGUUUCUGCCCAGACAAAGCAGCAAAUUACACUCAAGCAAAGACUAAGGACUUACAGAAAUACAAUGCCUACCUUCCUGACAGCUUCCUGAGGAACAAACAACUCACUGGGCAAACUGACCUAUUUUCUUGUGGCGUGGUAAGUGGAAGAAGGAUUUUAUUCUAAUACAAACUGUGCAUGGCCACUUGAAUUUAAUCAUUAACAAUGUAAGGGUAUUAACCCCAGCUUGGGGUGUCAUUAAACCACUAUUUAUACUAAAACACAUGUACAUAGUCAAAUCGAAUUAACAUCUGACCUGGUGGUGGUCAUUGAGAGAUAUAUAUAUAUACAUACACACUGUAAUGGCAAAAGGAAAGUGCAUCCUCUUUGAAUUCUAUGGUUUUACAUAUCAGGACAUAACAAUCAUCUGUUCAUUAGAAGCAAUUAGGUAAAUAUAACCUAAGAUGAACAACAACACAUGACAUAUUACACUGUGCCAGGAUUUAUUUAACAAAAAUAAAGCCAAAAUGGAGAAGCAGUGUGUGGGAAAACAAAGUGCACCCUUACUGCUUCUAUAGGAAUUAUGAGGCUAUAGCAGAUAGGUGCAACUUGAUUAAAUGCCCUUUAUUAAUUGAUCAUCAGCAAGUGUGACCACCUGUAUAAAAGCCACAGUUUUAGCAGUUUGCUGGUAGAAAAAGGCCUAUAACACUUAUCAGCCACAACAUUAAAACCACCUGCCUAUUAUUGUGUAGAUCCCCCAGAUGCUACCAACACAGCUCUGAUACAUAGAGGCAUGGACCCCACAAGACCUCUGACUGUGUCCUGGGGUAUCUGGGAUCAAGAUAUUAGUAGCAGAUUCUUCAAUUCCUGCAAGUUGCGAGGUGGGACCUCCGUGGAUUGGAAUUGUUGUUCCAAUACAUCCCACAGAUGCUCAAUCAGAUUGAGAUCUGGGAAAUCUGGAGGCCAAGGCUACACCUUGAACUCUUUAUCAUGUUCUUUUAACCAUUCCUGAACAAUUGUUGCAGUGUGGCAGGGUGCAUUAUCCUGCUGAAAGAGUCCAUUGCCAUCAGGAAACACCAUUGCCAUGAAGGGGUGUACAUGGUCUACAACCAUCUCUACGUAGGUGAUACAUGUCAAAGUAACAUCCACAAAGCAAGGACCCGAAGUUUCCCAGCAGAACAUUGCCCAGAGCAUAUCACUUCCUAUGCUGGCCUGCCUUCUUCCCAUGGUACAUCCUACCAGCUCUUCCCCAGGUAAACAAUGCACACACACCAGCUAGUCACCUGAUCUACAGGAAAACAUGUUUCACCAGGCAACCUUCUUCCAUUGCUCCAUGGUCUAGUUUUAACUCUCCCCACUGAAGACACUUUCAGUUGUGGACAGUGAUAAUCAUAGGCACUCUGAACCGUCAGACCGGCUUGCUUCUAUGCAGCCCCAUACAUGGCAAACUGCGAUCCACUGUGUGUUCUGACACCAUUCUAUCAUGACCAGCAUUAACUUUUUUAGCAAUUUGAGCUACAGUAGCUCUUCUGUGUGAUUGUAUUUGAUGGUGUAACCUUCGCUUCACUCAUGCAUCAAUGAGACCUGGGCAUCCAUGACCCUGACGCCGGUUCACCGUUUGCCCUUCCUAUUUCUACUUGGUAGGUACUUCUCACUGCAUAACGCCCCGCAAGAUUUGCUCUGAUCCAGUUGUCUAGCCAUUACUAUUUGUUCUAAUGAAGGUCAAUGAAAAUGAAAUAAAAAUUUCCCUAGAUCCUUAGCCAACCCUCAGAAUGGACAUAGAAUCAGUGAAAUAGGUCAGGAUGGUGGUACCAGUUCCACCUAGUGUGGGCUUAAACCCACGAUACUUUGUUGCCUAUUUCAUAUUCAGUGUGCUUUGCUUUGAUAUUUGCUAACCCCUGUUCUUAUCCUCUCUAUACAAGCUUAUAGGUACAUUUGUUUUGUUUUUGGUGUGUCCGUUAUAUUGAUACCAGUUAAUUGGAAGUACCCCUUAAAGGGGUACUACCCGAUUUUAGUUUAUUUCUUCUAAUCAAGGUCACACAGAUCUUUUUUGCUUGCCAAUUUUUCUAGCUUCCAACACAUGAAAUUCAAGAACUGAUGGUUUACUUGCUGCGUAUUAUAUGCCAUCCCUUUGACAGGUGCCACUGUAAUGAUAUUAUUAAUGUUAUUCACUUCACCUGUCUGUGGUUUUAAUGUUGUUGUUGAUCAGUGUGUCAUAUUCAGGAAUACUGGAAAACACUGAUGUACAAUGUUUGUAGGCACCAACAAUUGUAUGUUCUUUCUUAAAUGUGUUUUGUUUUCUCCCCACUAUAAUUCUAUCUGUGCUACAAAAAUGCAAUUAUUGCCUAUCCUGUUCCAACACUAGCUCUCACCGAACUUUCUUUUAGGUCCUAACAGAGAUAUUGACGGGUAUGAAGCCCUGUGAUAAAGACAGACAGCCCAUGUAUCUGGUAAGACAACUAACCUCUACAGACUCAUGCAUUUUAUAGGCUCAAGCAAAAUGUAACAAAAUGACAAAUAGUUGCAGUUGAUUAGAUUUUUAGGAAACAGUCAACUACACUACUGCAAACUAGAAACAAGCAUGUAAGACAAAUUGCAGUUUAAAACCGAAGUAGGAAUAUAACAAAUUUCUUAACAUCUAGGAAAAAGACACUGAGCCGAGGUUGUUUUAGUAGUUAAUAAGUUGGUGUUCAGCUCUCAUUUAUUAUUGCCAACCCAGUGGGAAGGUGAAGUUGUGAUGCAAUAUGAUGCCGUAGUUAAACUGUCCAAAUCUUCAUCCAGAAUGUCCAUUUCACCUCUCAGAAUGUGGUGGACACUGCAUGGCCUGUUGCCGUAUCUGGAUUUGAGCAUUAAUGUCUAUCCUCUGCAGUAUCAUGUGAACAAUGACAAAAUAGAAUGGUAAAUAGAAUACUUUAUAAACAUUUCUUUGCUAUCUGGCAUUUAUACAGAAUAACAAGUUUUUGUUUCACUUUUACAGAAAGAGCUAAUUCUGGAAGAAAAUGACAAAGUAAUAGGACUGACAGAGCCCAGAUGUAAAAUGGCUGGGGACAUGACAGCGGAAAGCCUGUGCGCGAGACAAAUAAGCCAAAAGUACACUGACACAAGGGGUGGCAGGCUGAUGGAAAAUGCUGCGUUUUAUUUUGCUUCUGCUAUCUGCUUGUGUCUCACCAAGAAGAAAACAGUGGCAUCAGAGGUAAAACUACACAUGAUAUGUAUUAAUUAUUUAGUUAUAAAAUAUGCAUAAAAGCAAGUAUGCGGAAAAUAAAGAAUAACACAGAUUAAUUUUACAUAGAUUGAUAUAACAGUUCAUUGUAUAACUCCUGAGAAUUAUUUAUUAAAGGAAACAGGACAAUGGGAACAGGGGGGUGGGUCAAUAUAUUAAAAGGUUGACAAUUUUAUUAUUCUACCACAUAGGGUGGUAUUUAAAUCCCAGCAGCUCUCAUCCUAAAAACCACAAUACCUUAAAUGGUCUACAGAUUAUUUACACUAUAAAACUGUGUGUUCCAGCCUAGUCAGGACUAACACUUUGUGACUCUCCUACCAAAGUUGCAAGAGUUGUCAUUAUAUAAUAUGAUAUGCCCAACACCUUGUUUUGGAAGGGUUGAUGUCCUUUUUGCAGCACGUGGAUCUUGACACAAAAAGGUGUUGAAUUCAAUCAGAAAGCUCUGUUUAUCACAUUAAUGCGGUCACUUUGACACCUGGUGUCCACAUGGAAAUUGGUGGUUUGUGUAUGCUUUACUUGGUUAAGUUGCGUUCUCCCCACAGGUUUACGCAGUGCUGGAAAAAGCAGAGCAUUUGUUCAGAGGAAAUAAGAAAACUAAAAGCAGACCUCUAGGGUCCGAAGAGAAAAAAAUUAUGUCAUUGAACACCCCAGAAGAAAUGGAUGACAGUGAAGACUCUCCCCUUGAGUACACGGGAGGGGCUAUAUUUGAACCCCCCAGCAGCUCAUCAAAAUAUACAGAUUCUCCUGAUUUCAAAAUUACAAAACAACAUAACCAAGCUACCAGUAAAGAUUCCAAAAGGAACUUUGUUAAGCAUGAUGAAUCUGACACUUUUUGGUUACCUCCAGGGGCAGAUGACUUGUAUUGCUCUGUGGAAAUGUUGUCUUCUUCCGAUUAUCAACCUACAUCAUCAACUGCUGUAAAAGACACGAGAAGCAAAAGGGAGAAAAAUUACCCUUGUGAGUCUUCUGACUCAUCCUUUUCAUCCUCAGGUAAGUUGGCUGGGUGUGUAAUCCAGGACAGAGACAUUGUUUUCAAGUAUUUUGUAGAAACUAAGGUUUCUUUGUGAUCCAGAGCCCACUCCUUGUUUUUUGAUCUUUUAUCUCCCACCCCCUUUUUGUCCUAUACUCCUGUCUCAUAAUGUCUUUCUCUCACUUAAAUCCCCUCCUCUAUUUGUAAUGUUAGUACCGCAUUCAAGAGGUGUCCCAUACAAAAAUCAAAGGCAGUCUUUUUUUGUUGAUGCCAAUUUAUUCUAAUAAUCAUACACAAGGCAGUGUUCAGACCAAAUAAUUGUAAAAAGACAUAUCUUGGUCACAUGACAUCUGAUCACCAUAUUAGUUUGACGACAGAAUGUCACCACAGCAGCCCAUACACCUGCGAAAAUAGGGGUGGGUGAGCAAAAUAGAAAAAAAAUAAAUAAAAAAACUAAGUAAAAACUGUCUGAAAACAAGUCAAAGUCUAGGAGGACAGAAGAAAAUAUGAAUAAAUUAGUCAAGGAGUAGAGAAUGGACAAAUAUAAUCCAAAGCCAGAACACCAGGAAUCACUAAUGAACAUAAACACACUCUUGGAUCACCACAGGGGAAAACCACGACAGGGCAAAGCAGAGUGGGCCUAAAUAGGAUUAGGAAGUCAGUGGGCAAGCCUGUGCAUCUUAAAGGGAUGUAGGAUUACAGUGACCAGUAAUGACACGGGUUGCUGGAACACAAGGCUAAAUGAUGCACAGGCAGUUAAGUCCUAAUUGGUGCCAGGACACUUCUUCUCUGUCUCUUCACAGCCUCCCUACCCUCGUGUCCCUUCACCUUCCUAUCAAUCUACACCUUUUACAUAUCACCUUGGGCAGACCUCCCCCCUUUAGUAUAGGUAUUCUCAUACCCAGACCAUGUGUAAAUGAAUUUAUCAUUAAAGGGAUAUUUCAAGUACCAUAAAAAACAUGGUUCCUGCAUACAUUAUGGUGCAAAGAAAUCCCCGAUGUUUGUGUCCCUGCUCACAGUGUCUUUAUACUGUAGAGCAGAUAUAAACUGAUUAUUGCUUCCUUUCGGUUAUAAAAAUCGAUAUUCAGCAUUUUACCGGUAAUUGGUAUAGGCCUUGUAAUUUACUGAUAAACGUACUCACCUCUCGCAGUCAUCACAUGGUGUCUAAUUUAUCAAAACGAUCUAGCCACCAGUAAAUGAAGCUCCACAUCAUGACCUUAUAUCAACCCUUUCUAAGAGUCCCCACAUGCGAAGCUGAAGACCGGGAGAAGAGACAGUUAAUAAUCUACAGCAGGCAUGUUAAACUCAAAGUCUAGCACGGGUCGCAAAAUGUGGGCCGCAAAAAAAAAAACAACUUUAAUUUUCAUAGAAACUUUUAUUUUGAAAAGUAUAGUAUAAAAAAAAAUAAAAAAAGCAUCCCCCUCUACUAAACCACAGCACCCUCCUCUAUUAAAUCCCAGUCCUCCCCCUCUACUAAAUCCCAGCACCCCCCUCUAGCCAACAAGCAGACUCCACUCACAUUGCCGCUGCCAGUAUGCGACUCCAGAGUCCGGCCUCUGGUAUACCCCAAAUGGCGCCCUGUGCCAAAGCGGAUCCUCCCUCUACUCUUGAAACCCUGUGAUGGUGGAGCACGUCGGUGUCACUUUGGAACGUGACGUGGCGUUGCGUGCCCCCGUGCACCUCCAGGUCCUCCACUGUCCAGCAGCGGCCAUCGCAACACUGACCGACACACACACACACACUCACUGACUGACUGAAACACACAGACAGACACACAUUUACACAUUCUUGCACACACUCACAUCAUUGUAUUUAUCCCUGGGGUCCAGAGGGGAUCUUCUAUCUGGAAAUCGCCUUCCUGCUGCUCAUUGCUUCCUCACGCGCGCAGUGUAGUGAUGCAGGAAUAUGACGUCUUAUUCCGGCAUCACUACAGACGGCACACGUGAGGGAGCAGGAAGACCGAGCUCCCUCGCUGCCGCCAGCGACCUCUUCUCCCUGGCCGGGUAAAUUUAGCAGAGAAGGCACCUGCAAUGUGGAAAAAGUUGGUGCCUACUCUGCUUUAUUCUAAGCAUGUACUUGUGGCUCGCUUGGCCGCAAAGAUGUCCCUUGUGGGCUGCAUGCGGCCUGCGAGUUUGACAUGCUUGAUCUACUGUAAUGAACUGGGCUGGUAACAGAGUGAAAAGGAGGUUGCUGUCAGCAAUCACACUCCUACCAGUAACAGCACUGUACACAUGCUGGAUGUCGCUGAUCCCAGCAUGUACUGUCUGCUUGAGAGUGAUAGGAGUGUGAUUGCUGUCAGCAUGUUCGGUUAAUACCAGAUUUGGGUAGAUAUUGUGCUACUUUUUCAAAACUUUAAAUGUACAGAAUAUCAGCACCAGUUAUCGGUAAUAGGCCCGAAAGUCAACAGAUAAUCGGUAUCGGUUUUGGAUCCCUAUUGCAGAGAUUUCCAAAAAUUAUACAUACACAUCACAAGAGGAAGCAAUGUAGGUUGUUUCGGUUUUGAACAAUGGAUCUAACCAUUAAAUAAAGUAGGCCAUUGCCUAACUUACCGAUAAACUUUUCCAUGCAACUGUUUCGGAUAUUGCUUAUUGUUUCUCUCUGUUUUUCCCUUUACCAGGCAGCAAUCUUCCAUCUUGGGAUAUCAGGGUGAACAAUGAAAAGAAGAAGCUAAUGGAAAAUAUUGAAUUGUACAAAGAAGAUAGACUGGACAGCACUGAUCUCUUUGAAUGCUAA